AUGGCUGACUCUGGCUUCCACGCCCCUGAAGGCCUCCAAGCAUGGCUGUGCGCCGCCUUGGCGGAUUCCUUACCCAGUGCCCUCGCUGCCCUCCAUGGUGACGCCCUGCCCGCCCCUGCGGGUUCCACACCUGGACCCUCUUGCACACGGGACUCUGACUCUGGGGGCUCCCUACAUUCUGCGGACUUGGGCUUGAUGCAAAAGAAGCCUUGGAAGGGCCCCUGCACCCCCACUGACAAAGGCAAGAUGCCUGCCAAACUGACCAGACUGGGUACCGGAUCGGGCGGCUGCCCUACAGAAGGGCACUCUCUGGAGAACCAGGCUAUGACAUCAUGGAUGAAUAUCGGGCCGGCUGAUCAGCCUCCGCGUCACCUGGAGAAGGCGCUCCUGACCGCUGCUCCCGAUAUGUACAGGAGACGGUACUGGACUCUACCCUGCCCGGCUCGCAGAAAGCCUCUACCGCUCAUGCUGAUGACCCAAGUGAAAUCUUAGACCCCUCAGGCCUUCCGCUCUUCGACCCACGCCUCCUCAAGCACCCUUGCUCUGCGAAGUGGACACCCCCGGACCACAUUGCGGAGUUCCUCCGCUACUGGCUGCGUCGCUCAUUGGACAAAGCGGUCAGGGCGAAACUUCGGGCUGAAUGCCCGCGACCAACCCUACCGGAUAAGGUAGCCACUACACCUGAUUUUUGACCUGUGUUCGCAACCUUUAUGACAAAGUCAGGGAAGGAUCCCCGCAAGGGCCUGGAACAGGGCUUGCGCUCCGCCCAGGACAAGCUCCUCGACAUCAGCGGCCCGCUGACCCAGAUCUUCCUCAUGGCAGAUGACGCCCUACAAACGGACCGGCGGUGGACACCUACCUCCUCCGAGAGUGGGCACAAAGGACAAUCUGCUUCCUGGGAAAUGCCAAUGUGGCACUUAAUCAGAAAAUUGACCGUCCAAAGAGCUGGGCCCAGAGGCCAAAGGUCUGCUAUUCGGAGACGCAUUCAUGAAAGAACUGAAUCGACACGUAUCCAUCUACACGUCCUUGAACAAGGCGCAACAAUCACUCCGCAGAGUCUUCCGUGCCGGGGAUCGUUUUUCCUCCAGGGCUGGUCGGCACCGGGGCCGUGCCACCAGCAGAGCUGCCUUCAUGGGCAACAGGCCCCGCAUCUGAGUCCUUCUCCUCCUGGUACCAGAACUGUCCAUUAUUCUCACAAGGAUCGGCCAGAGGCCGAGGUGCUUCCUCCACACGGGCAAGAUACGCCUCAGGUAAGUGUCCUACCAUAUUUGCCACACUUACCCAUUGCGGGCAGAUUGUCUCACUUUUCUCUUGAGUGGGGGGCCAUCACAGGAGAACAAUGGGUUCUACAGACAGUGUCCGGAUUCAGGAUCGAUUCCGUGACAACCCCGAAACAGACGUCUGCCCCACGGCCUAUCCGUAUGGACAGAGAGGCGUCCGAUCUGGUCCAUUCAGAGAUACGUGCCCUGUUGGACAAGGGAGCGGUGGAGAGGGCAAUAUCUUCCUGGUAAGGCAGAUAUCAGGGGACUUCUGCCCUGUAAUCAAUCUGCGUGCCCCCAACGGAUGUUGUCUGACAUUUCAAGAUGGAGGGCAUACACCUCCUCAGGGAUCUACCAGUUGUUCUCGUGUUUGGACUUGAACGACGCAUACUUCACGGUUCCGGUCCAUCAGGAGGACAGGUGUUUUCUCCAGUUCAUCUGGCAGGAACGCGUUUGGCAAUUCACGUUCCCCCCGUUCGGCCUCAGCUCGGCUCCAUGGUAUUUCACCAAGCUGUUGAAGCCGGCAUGGUAACGCUGAGAGCCAGGUGGAUCAGAUCGAUCAUCUAUCUGGACGAUAUCCUGUUGAUGGCACAAGAUCCCGACGUUCUGCGUCCGCAGACGGCUUUCACUAUCCGCUUGCUCCAGGACUUAGGUUUCGUCAUCAAUGUGGAGAAGUCGGAACUGACCCCCUCUCAAUCAGUCCAGUUUCUCGGGUUUGUUGUGGACUCUGUUCAGACGCUACUCCGUCUUCCAGUAUCCAAGGUGGCUGCCAUCCGGAAGGACAUCAGACGCCUACUCCGCAAUCCGAGGACCACCCUACAAGAUCUGGCCGUUACUACCGGGGUCUCCAUCGUCUGGAGGCUCGAUUCCUUCAUUCAUCCGCCUCCUACAACCAGGUUGUAUCAUUAUCAGACGAGGCCCGUCUGGAACUGCACUGGUGGCUUCGACACAUGGAGGCGUGGAACGGCAGGGCGAUCUUUGGAGUCAAACCGGACUUUGUCCUGGAUUCGGAUGCCAGCUGCCUAGGCUGGGGCACUACUUGCGAUGGCGUGGCGACAGGAGGACUUUGGACCCCGGAAGAAAAAGCUCUCCACAUCAACUGUCUGGAGCUGAUUGCGGGGUUGUUUGCCAUUCGCAGUUUCACCAAAGGAAAGAGUCACUGCUUCUUCGCAUGGACAAUGUCUCAGCUGUCCGGUACAUAAAUCGACUGGGAGGUUCCCGAUCCAAACUGCUGUCAGAUCUCACGAAGGACCUGUACCAAUAUUGUCUGGACAGGAAGUUGUCGAUUGUAGCGUAAUACCUUCCGGGACAAGACAACCUCGUAGCGGACUGGUUCUCCCGCCACUGGAGGGACGCCAGCGACUGCAUACUCUGGUGUUUCGGAAGUUGGACCUCAUACGUGGUCCCUUCCAUCUGGAUCUAUUCGCAUCCAGGACGAACCGACAGACGGAACUGUUAUUCAGCUGGCUCCCAGAUCCCCUCAGUAUGGCAGUGGACACAUUCCUUCAAUCAUGGCCCCCAUCGGGGGAAUAUGCGUUUCCCCCCUUCUCCAUGAUCCUUCGGACGCUACAUCGCAUCAAGCUUCUGAAGGUGUCGAUUGUACUGGUGACGCCUCUCUGUAGAAGUCAGCCAUGGUUCCCUUUACUACUGGAGUUAUCGUGCAGGGAUCCGCUAGUGCUACCUGCCUCCAGAUUUCUCCUACGGUACCCAGUGGGGAAUCCACACCUGUUAAUGUUGGAGGAUCGUCUCACCCUGGUGGCCUGGACAGUUUCCGGGGUUCAUGGGAUGUCGGGACAAUCGACUAUGGCUAGAGAAUUACUCUGGGACUCUUGGGCACCUGGCACCAGAGGAUCAUAUUUACACACCUGGCACUCCUGGUAUGGCUGGUGUCUGGAGAGACGUUUGGAUCCCUUUACGGCCCCUAUUAUGGCCGUCCUGAAUUUCCUGGCUGAACUGUUUUCUCAGGGUCAGUCUUAUAGGACUAUCAAUGUUUUCCACUCUAUCUCAGCGGUUCAUGUCCCUUUCCAAGGCUCUGGUGUUGGUAGGGAACCCUCGGUCUGCAGACUGCUCCGAGGGGUGAGACUUUUGAGACCCCCCUGCUUCUCGCUAUUCCUCAUUUUGGGACAUACCCCUCGUUUUAAGUUUCCUUGAGGAAUGGCCUGAUAACGGGGAUGUAUCUCUACGCCAGCUUUCUGCUAAGCUGGCUCUCCUACUAUGCCUUGUAUCCUUUCGUCGGGUUUCGGAUGUCAGGGCCUUUGACGUAGAAUCCUUUUCGUUUUCUCCAGAUGGUGUCUCUGUUUCAGUCUCACGCAGGACUAAAUCUAAUUCGUCUUCAGUGUCUUAUCCCUACUUCCCAGAUAGACCACGUCUCUGCGUGGCACGUUGUUUACGGACGUAUGUAUCCGUGACUUCGUUAUGUCGGCCUUCCGCCUAUGGUCAGUUAUUGAUUUCCUAUGUUCGACUGUUUAGGGCUGUCUCUGCCCCCACGAUCGCUCGUUGGAUUCGAUGGCUCCUCUCAUCGGCUGGCGUGGCGAAUUCGUUUGGGGCACUGCAGCGUGAGCGGCUCUUGAAGCCGGUGGGUCCCUUGUGGAUAUCGUCAACGCCGCUGACAGGUCUAGAGAAUCGACAUCCCGUACCUUUUACUUUCGCCCGCGCUCUCAUGUUUCUUCUGUUUUUAUGUCUGGAUGUUUAAAUUGCAAAUAUGAAGCCUCCUGUCCUGACAUAAAAUUAGGGAUUAUUCUAGCUUCGGUGAGGGAAUAAUCUAAAUUUUAUUAAAGACAAGAGGCGAAUAUUUCCCACCCUGGAAUUGGAUUUGUUUUUGCCUUUAUGUUAAUUGGGGUUUCGAUUGUAUGCGCUUUAAUGUAUGGUCCAAAUUUCUCUUAAUAAAAACAAUUUGUUACUACAAUUGGUGAUCAGUGUACAUUUAUUUAUCAGAUUGUGGUCUAUUAAUGCGCUGAUUGUGUAUGGUGUGACAUUCUGCUAUGGCAGUUUACUUUCACGAUGUUUCUUUUCUUUUACAGUGUGAUCUAAAUUGUUCUGGAUAUGGCGGUUUCUCAUCUGAGUUUUCGUUUGGUCUUCAUGCUCUCCUGCUCGACCUCAUCAAAGAAAGAGGAAGUGGGAGGGUCUGUCUCAGUGGUUUUAUACUGAUGCCUGUUUUGUUCUGAUUGGUUGUUUUGAAAAGUUCUGUUAACUGUUUCUUUGCUGUUGGAGAUUUUCAGUAAAGAAGGUAAAGCAAAUAUGAAGCCUCCUGUCUUUAAUAAAAUUUAGAUUAUUCCCUCACCGAGGCUAGAAUAAUCCCUAAUUCACCACUUUCUUGUCCACUCCCAUUCCUACCCCCAUGUUUGCCACUCCUAGCUGUAAAUACCUUGAUAAAACAAUUUCUCUACUCACUCACUAGGCCCAUUUCCCAUACCAUCUCUACUGCAAGCCUCUACAAUUCUACUGGGCUCAACCCACCCAGGUUCCUCCUAAAUUUAUAGCAUGCUCCUCCAGCUGUUUAAAAUUCUCACUCACUUACCUCUUCAUUCCCUCUAUAUUCUACAAUAGCUGCAACUCUGUUUCCUUAUUUAGCCAUCACUUCCAAAUUUCCCCUGCCACCCCUUGUCUCAAAUCACCACGGUAUCCUUUUGAUUGUAAGCUCACGAGCUAUCUACCUAUGCACUUUGCAUAAAAGAGCUUAAAUGGCAAGAUUUCAGCUUACGGGCAGGGCCCUCCAGGGCUGGACUGGGGAUACAAAGCAGCCCUGGAAAAAAAAAAUUGUGCCAGCCCCAUAAGUCACUGCGCCAUAUAUUGUCGCGUGUAAUAUGUAAGGCUAUGUCUUGCCAGGACAGAUGAUUGAGUAAUAUAUAUAUAUAUAUAUCUAUAUCUAUAUCUAUCUCUUUUUCUAAUAUAAAAUAUUGGUCCUUUCAGGGUAAAAUGUUUAAUUAUACAGUAAGCAUACGCACAUGCAGACACAGGCAAUUUCAGUGACACACACAAGCUCAUUGAUACACAGCCUCAUAGACAAACAAUCUUACUGAUAUACAUCAGCUCAUUGACAUAAAAACACAAGCUCACUCACUAGCAGGCACACGCAUGCAAGCAAGCUCACUCACUAGCAGACGCACACACACAGCUUAAUGUGGUGGUACUGGUGUCUAUAGCAUGUCCCUACAGGCUUUUCAACGUAAACACUGACUUUUCAGACAAAAGGCAGUGUUUACAUUGCUUCAAAGUGACACUGCUAGUGACAGUCACUCAGACGGUCACUAGAGGUGCUUCCUGUGUUAGUGCCCUCCCGCGCUGCUGAAUGAGACUGGCGCCGGAAUAUGACGUCAUAUUCCGGCGCCGGUCUCAUUCAGCUGCGUGCUGGGGAGCAGAGCCAGCGCAGCUCGCGCAGCUCCCUCAGCGGCCGCCAGGACAAGUCCGCCAGCUGGCCGCCAAAAGACCUCCCCAGCGGCCAGGGGAGGGCUGGCAGCCUUAGGCCUGGGGGGCAAAACCAGUCAAGUAGACUGGUGCACCUGCCCAGGAUCAGAGCCGGUGCAAGGAUUUUUGCCGCCCUAGACAAAAUAAAAAUUUGCUGCCCCCACAUGUCACAUCACAAUGCCCCACCCAUAUGAACUAACGCCAGUGCUGCACACAGUGUGUGUUUACAUUAAAAAGCCUGCGGGGACCAGCUAUAGACACCAGAACCACUUCAUUAAGCUAUAGUGUCCCUUUAAUGUGAGGUACAUUAUAGAUUAGUGUCACUAAUAAUAUACUAGAUUGCCUACUUACAAGCAGAUGAGGAUGAUGAUGGGCUGCAGUUUGGCUCCACUGGUCUGGUGUAGAACAGGAUCUCUGGAGCUGUUUGCAACUGUGGUCACAAAAUUCAAUGUUCUGGGAGAAUUGGAAGCAACUCCAUUUUUUGGGGGGCCCCUUACACAGCUCAAGGUCUGGGCCCCAGGGCCUGACGGUGAGUAUGCCCACAAGGCCCACUCAUAAGUCCACUUAUAUGUUCCACCCACCCAUGAGUUCGCUCACAGGGAGUGGAGUGUGUAGGGGAUGUGUUACGUGUUAUUGUAGAGGAUCUAAUAUGUGUGAUGCAGUGUGUUUGUGUGUAGUGGAAGCAGUGUGUAUUUGUGUAUAAGGGAUGUAUUAUGUGUUUCUGGUUGUGUGUAAGUGAUGCAUUGUGUGAAUCUGUGUUUGUAUGCAUAAGGGAUGCAAGGUGUGUGUCUGUAUGUGUGUGCAUUGAGUGUAAGAGAUGCAUUGUGUUUCUGUGUGUAUGUAAGAAAAGAAGUGUGUGUGUUUGCAUGUGUGUGUACGGGUUUGCAUUGUCUGUUUCUGUGUAUGUGUGCAAAGGAUGCAUUGUCUGUGUGUAAGGGUUGCAUUGUGUGUUUCUCUGUGUGCAAGGGAAGCAUGUUGUGUUUCUGUGUAUGCAUAGGGAUGCAUUGUGUGUGUGUGCACGCGUAGUGUGAAAGAGCUCCCUGUACUAUAGAGCUGCCCCUUCUUCUUAUUCCCCCCCCCCCUCUUCUUAUUCCCCUCCUCCCUCUUCUUAUUCCCCCCCUCUUUUUAUUCCCCCCUCCCCCUCUUCUUAUUCCCCUCCCUCCCCUCUUCUUAUUCCCCUCCUCUUCUUAUCCCUCCCUCCCCUUUUCUUGUCCUCCCUCCUCUUCUUGUCCUCCACUCCCUCUUCUUAUUCCCUCCCUCCUCUUCUUGUUCCCCCCCUCCCCUCUUCCUUAUUCCCCUCCCUCCCUCUUCUUUAUUCCCCCCCUCCUCUUCUUAUUCCCCCCUCCUCUUCUUGGCCCCUCCCUCUUCUUAUUUCCCCCCUCCCUCUUCUUGUUCCCCUCCCUCUUCUUGUCCCCCCCCUCCCUCUUCUUGUCCCCCCCUCCCUCUUCUUAUUCCCCCCCCUCCCCUCUUCUUAUUCCCCCAUCUUAUUCCCCCCUCUUCUUAUCCCUCCCUCCCUCUUCUUAUUCCCCCAUCUUAUUCCCCUCUUCUUAUCCCUCCCUCCCUCUUCUUAUUCUCCUCUUUUUUAUUCCCCCCCUCUCCUCCCCCUCUUCACCCCCUCCCUGUAGGCGUGGCCGGAGCUGCCACUCCGGUCCUUGGUGGCGGCCGGCGGCGGGGUGACGGAAGGGGCACACUGAUGUGCACUUCCUGUCAGUCGGCCGGUUGCAGGAAACAGAAACUCCGCGCGGAACAGGGUUUCUGUUUCCUGUAACCGGCCGGACUGACAGGAAGUGCACACUGAGUGUGCACCUUCCUAUCAGUCCGGCCGGGCACCGCGGACCGGAGUGCAGCUCGGCCACGCUACAGGGGAGAAGCUGCAGCCGCCUGACCGCUCUUCACAGAGCACUCAGGCGGCUGCAGUAUUUAAAGGGCCGGCCCCAGGUGCCGAUGGCCCACCGGGAAAUUUCCCGGUAUCCCGGUGGGCCAGUCCGGCCCUGGGGCCCUCUCUACCUUUUGUAUUUGUCUGUGUAUAUUGUAUGUUCUCCACUAAUUGUACAGCGCUGCGGAAUCAGUUGGCGCUUUAUAAAUAGUAAUAAAUAAAUACAUAAAUAAUCUAUCUGAGAUUAUUCUGCAAUACCAGCACUGGCCAGUAAGGGUCACUGUCUGUGUGGAGAGAGGCAGGGAUUGAAGGUUACAGCCUCUCCCUCCCUGCCUCUUUCUACUAACUGAUCUGCGGGGGAACAGCUCUGCACAGAAAGUCCAGACAGCAGAUCAAGUCUGCAGAGACAGCCUACAGCUUGGGUAAGUGAGGGAUGGGGGUAAAGGCUGCAGGAAGACAUGGGGUCACUGAGACACUAGGGGACACUGGGAGACAUAGGGACACUUGGGAACACUGAGAGACAGGGGACACUGGGAGACCUGGGGACACUGAGUCCCCAUGUCUCCUAGCCAAUGUCCCUAGUGUCUGUGUCCCUAGUCUCCCAGAGUCCUCUAGUCUCUGUGUCCCCAAGUGUCUCGGUGUCCCCAGGUUUCCUAGUGUCCCCAUGUCUCGAAGUGUCCCCUAGUGUCCUAGUGACAUGGGGACAUUGGGAGACAUGGGGACACACUCUAAGGGACACUGGGCGACAGAGUUCCUGGUGUCAGUGUCUGUAGUGUGCUAGUGUCUUAGUGUUUCCUAGUCUCCCAGAGUCCCCUAGUAUCUGUGUCCCCAUGUCUCCCAGUGAGCGUCCUCGUGUCUCCCAGUGUCUGUGUCCCCUAGUAUAAAAUAAAAACAUCUGUCACUUACUGAGAUAGAUUUAAGCAGGUUAAUUGGACACCGCAAUGUUUCGACCUGUAUCUGGGUCUUUAUCAAGUUUCCUGUGUCCCCUAUGUAUCACAGUGGCACUGAGACAUGUAUCACAGUAUCUCAGUGCCCCGUGUCUUCCAGUGUCUCCUAGUCUCCCAGUGCCCGCAAGUGUCUGUGUCCCCUAGUAUAAAAUAAAAAAAAUGUCACUCACUUUGAUAGAUUUAAGCAGGUUUAUUGGACACCGCAAUGCUUUGACCUGUAUCCAGGUCUUUAUCAAGUCUCCAGUGUCCCCUAUGUAUCACAGUGUCUCAGUGCCCCCUCAUGUCUCAGUCUCCCAGUGUCCCCAAGUUUCCCAGUGUUCCCUAGUAUCUCAGUGUCCCCGUGUCUGUGUGUCCUAGUGACAUGGGGACACUGGAAGACAUUGGAACACAGACACUAAGGGACAUUGGAAGACAUGGGGGCACAGACAUGCCCCUUUUUUGGGGUAUGUUCUCCCCUUUCAGCAGUUCUGUUUAUGUGAUUUGGGUCAGUGGCCCACCCUUUUACCCCAUCUAUAGACUUCCUUCUUCACUGGACACUGCUGUUAGGGGAUAUGGAUUUACUUGAAAGAUGAAAGUGUGAGAUUAGCAUAGGGUAUGUGCUUUCUCAUAGCUACAUCCUAUGAGUUUCCCUCCAGCACCAUCUCCCUCAGAUACAUGACGAUUGGGAGGUAGGACUGUUUUAGUGUUUUGGUUGCUAAGAUUUGUAAUUAGGCUCAUCAUAAUUGUCAGCACCAGGCCCACUGGGCUCUUAAUCUGGCCCUGGAUGUCUGUGAACUGCAUAAUAUGUGUAUGAAAUUGCCUGAAGGGAAUGAUUAUACUCACCAGAAGAACUAAAUUAAGCUGUAGUUCUUCUGUUGACUAUAGUGCCCCUUUAACUUUUGUUAUUUAUCACACAAGCCCAUCAAUCAGUGUCAUUUCUUCAUACAAGCCAGAGCAAGACUUUUUGUCUCUGGGUACUGUUCUUUUUCCCUUUAUUCUUGUAAACAUGUUUGGAAAUAGUUUUACAAAAAGCAGGGUUCUCCUGGUUACUUAGGGGUCAACUUCUCUCCAGGUGCACUGGUAAAGUGGUAUUUAUACUACCACAUUAUUUGUAACUAUUUCAUCAAACCUUAGCAGCGACGAUUGGAAGGAAAUGGCUGCAGCCAGGCUAGGUCAUGCAUCGUCCUUCAUAGCCAUCCAAGUGUAAAUUCUGCAUGACUUUUUCUGAAAGGAAAACAGUCUUUGAGUGCCGGACCUAUUGUCCCAAAUGGGUCUUUGCUUCCACACAAUUCCACCAUUUACCCUGGCCCAUGUUGUCUUGGUUUUACAAAUGUAGCAUUAUCCAUUUACCACUUCAUAUCUGUAUUUCUGUACUGUACAAGCCUAUACCUCACGUGUCCAUUGUUUUGAUAGACUGAUCAUCAUUUAUAUACCAAGGCUGCCUUUGGUGGUACCACAGACGUCAAGUCACUUUUUAAAACGUUCACCCAGAGCUGACCAAUGUGAUUUGACCAUUGGUUGUAAUUUGAAGCUAUUCAAUUUGACUUGUUAAACUAUGCAGGCUUCAGUAGUUUAAUUUAUGGUAUACCUCUACUUCUUUUUUAGAUUUCAAAAGCUCUGAAAAACUUGCAAGAACUUGAUAUCUCCCUGGAUAUUCUUGUGGUAAGUGCUCUCAAAUGAUCAUUUUCAAAGUUAGAAAUGAACUCCAAGUGGAGUCCUGAAAAGUCUGGAUCUAAUUUAGACACAAUUUCUUUGGUAGCCCCAAGUCCCUUGUAAUACAGAGAAAAGUAUACCUCCACUUCUAUAAUCUGUGACAGCGCCCCUUUAAUGCACCAUAUUUGGAAUGAAUUAUACAGCACACUGUAUUGGUAUUGCUCUACCUGCUGCAGGUUACUACUGCUGUGGGUGAAUGGUUAAUACAUCAUGGCUUGGGGUUAAUACCGCAGGUUUAAGGUUUAUAAAUAUAGAUUCAUGUAAUACUCAAAAAAUGUUGUGUAAAAAAAAUUUGAUUUUGAACACUGAGUUUAAAGGAACACAAUAGGCACGCACACCACUUGAUCUCAUUUAAGUGGUCUGGUGCAGUGUCCCUGUCCCCCUUAGCCCUACAAUGUAAAAUAUUGGAGUUUUAGAGAAACCAGACAGCCACUAUAGGCACUUCAAGCAGUCAAUCUCCAUUAAAUGAUGCUGGACGUCCUCAGCAUUUGCACGAGGGCAUCAAGCAAAACGUAAUAGAAAAAGAUUAAUUUUAACCUUUUCUAUGGGGAAGGUAUAAUACAUGUGCAUUAGGUCAUCCCAUUGGCUGACUUCAGUGGUUGAAAAGCACUACCAAGCAUAAAUUAACUUUGGGGAUGGAACCAGGUAAGUGAAAGUGUUUAUUUUUAAUUUAUUUUUGUUUCAUCCCUUUCAUGGAUGGGGUCAGUGAGGCAGAGGGACACUUCAGGAAUACAAAGAUGUUCCUUUAAGGUUGGACAUAGGCCAUGGUAUAGAGUGGUUUUAAACACUCUUGGGAGGGUCUGAAGACUGUAUUUUUGCCACCAAGCAAUGCCCCUGGCUGACCUUGCCUCUGUCACUCCAAGGAGUAGAGAGGUGAGAAGAUGGGUUCUGGUAGAAUACUAUACUGGCUGAUUGUCCUUGGAGUCUACAGGAUGCAGAGAGGGUCUGUGCAGACUCUCUUCUUCCCCACACAAUUAAACAAAGGAGGCAGCAGAUUGCUGGGAUAUUAACGGACAUCUUGGCACAUGCUGUCUGUAACCUGCUGCUGGUAGCUAGUAUGGGUUACUUUACAGUAAAUAACCAUUUUUCCUCUCAGCGGUGACUAGGUAUUGGACAGAGAUUAACUGCUUACUGCCUGGACCUUCUAACCAUUCAAUGCAGAGCUCAUUGGGGCAAUGGGCCGGACCUGUCCGAGAACACACACAGGUGGCUGCUUUUCUGAUGGGUUAAUAAAAGCUCAGGUCUAGUUGACCUUUUCCACUAUUUAAUGUAGCUUUGUCUCUGGAAGUUGAAUAUUAAUAAGUGCAUCUAAGAACUUAAUUUAUUGGUAUAUUAUAUCUUAUUCUUUUAAAGUAGUUUUUAUUAAUGAGAUUUUUUUUCAAAAUAUUAUGACAAUAAAAUAUAAACAAAUACAUCUAAAAGGUGAAAUAAUAUGAAUGACAAAAUAAAACGAAAAAUAAUUUUUGUAAAGGCAUAGUGAUAUAGGGUUACUCUUCAAAAUCAUGGAUAGAUCAAAAAAGUAGUAAUCCUAAGAAGCUAAUGUGUUCUAAUGGGUAGAAUUGCAAUAAUGAGAAUAAUCUGUUUAGUUAUUAAUGUGAUGCAUCAGACCAUUUUAGUGACUUUUUUCAAAGUGUCCAAAAAGCUAUGAAUAAAUUCUUAGGUAUUAAUACUGCAAUUAUACUACUUGUACAAAAAAAAUGUAUGCUUAUCAAUAUACAUAAUCUAACAACAACAAAAAAUUAGAGCGUUUUUUCCUAGUACAGAUAAAUUUAUUUUAUGAAUGAAUACAUUUCCGAGUCUGAGACUAGCAUUACACUAGUAUAUGUAGAAUUUAUGACUGAGACACUUCUAAUUUGUCAGAGAUUACCUGCAUAAGGUGACAAUGUGUCCUUCCCACCUGCUUUUAACAGUUGAAAUGCAUAGUUUGUUCAGACAUUCAGCUAUUCGUUUCUCCUUCCUUUUGUGGAUAACAGUGCUUCACGUUAGCUUGAACAGGGAGCUUUCUUAGUAAGCUUGUGUUAUGCACAUAUUAAACAUUAAAGGACCACUCUAGGCAGCCAGACCACUUCAGCUUGAUAAAGUGGUCUGGGUGCCUGGUCCAGCUAGGGUUAACCCAUUUUUUUAUAAACAUAGCAGUUUCAGAAAAACUGCUAUGUUUAUAAAUGGGUUAAUCCAGCCUCUAAAGCCUCUACUAGUGGCUGUCUCAUUGACAGCCGCUAGAGGCGUUUGCGUGCUUCUCACUGUGAAAAUCAGUGAGAAGACGCCAGCUUCCAUAGGAAAGCAUUAUGAAUGCUUUCCUAUGAGACUGGCUGAAUGCGCGCGCAGCUCCUGCCGCGCAUGCGGAUUCAGCCGAAGAGGAGGAAAGGAUGAGGAGGUAAGCUCCCCGCCCGGCACUGGAGAAAGGUAAGAUUUUAACCCCUUCCUCUCCCCAGAGCCCGGCGGGAGGGGGACCCUGAGGGUGGGGGCACCCUCAGGGCACUAUAGUGCCAGGAAAAGGAGUAUGUUUUCCUGGCACUAUAGUGGUCCUUUCUAUGUUGGAAUUGUGAGUAUUUUAUCACCAUUAUUUUUCUUCUCUAAGCUGUCUGUCCAGUCUGAGUGUAAUAGUUCUUUUUUUUUUUUUGGGGGGGAGAUAUUUCAUUUUUUUUUUUUUUUUUUUUUUUCAUGUUUAUAUCAUCUUGACUUUUUUUUUUUUUUUUUUUUUUUUAUAGGAAACUGGAAUAGGGAAAACUGUGAACAGUUUUCGAAAACACUACGAUGUGGGAGAUAUUGCAAGAGGAAUUGUUCUUCAAUGGAAGAAGCUUGUACCUGAUGUUAAAGAACUCCAAGUGUAAUUCUAGAUGGUUUCUAUACAAGAAAAGACACAACAACAAAGGCCCAGUACUAAAGGAAAUAUCACAUAAAGGGAUAGUGUUUAAAAAAAUCCUAUCUUAAAGGAACGCUCCACUGCCAACAUACAAAAGUCACUAUUUAGAGGAUAAAGCCCCAAUGAAAACAUGCAUGCAUUUAUUUUCAACCCAACCCAGACUUUCUGUGGCUGUCCAACCAGACUUCCCAAUGCAGCUCAUUGAGAAGUCUUUAAGACAGGUGUUGCCGCUUGAGUUUUGCUGCAUCUGUAACUAAAACAAUCAGUUGUCUGACAGACGGCGGGUGUAGCAGGAUUAAUUUACAGAAUUGCUAAUUUCUAUUGAAAUCUGGAUUUAUUGUAAAGUGGAAAAGACAACAUUCUAUAUGCAUAAAGCACUUCAGCAACCUAAAAGAGUGUUCCUUUAAAUUUUCUCAAUUAACCAAAAAUGUUGGCUUCCUUGGGUACAGAUCUCCUCUGAUGUCUUUUAUUAGUUGAUUGUAUUGUUCUCUCACUUACCUGUAUUUAUAAGGAUGAUAACUUAAGAGCAGUGUAGAUCUGUACCAGAGGAAGAACAUAUCUGUUUUCUUUAAGCUAUUCAAGAUUAAUUUCUGCAACAAUUUUCCCUUUCAUAAUGUUACAUGAAUAUUUUAAUGACUGAAAUUAAGGAACCUUUUGAUUGCUUUAUGAAUUAACCAAUAUUUAGCCAUAUGGUUCUAGUGACCUUAAAUAUACAGUCUUCAGCGUUAUUUUUUUAUUUACGUACUAUGUUUUUAUGAACAGGCCCUAGACUAUAUACUAGCUAAGUUAGAUUGUAUAUACACAUUUUUACUGUAAGCAGUCUCUGGUAAUUUUUUUUUUUGUUUUCCUACUGCAUUCAGUGACCAGAAGCCGAAACACAAACACGAUAAAGAGGUUUCAGAAGAAAAAAAGAUAAAUCAUCCCGCGUCAAAAGAAAAGCAUGUAUGUGCAGAAAAAAAAUCUUUGCCUGCAGAAGUUGGCAAACACUCAGAGUCCUGUAAAAUAUCGGAGAAUAAAAAGACCCAACAACCUAAAGAGAAAUUGGAGAAAAGUUCCAGUAGCAAAAGGCACAACUCUGAAAAAUUGAAGGAUCACUCUCACUCCAAAGAAAAGAACUCAAAACACUCCUCUGGAGAUAAAUUGGAAAAUAAUUCAUCCUCUUCCAACCAUGCAACAAAGAAAACUUCGCCAAAUGAUGGUAAAAAAUGUGACAAGAACAGUGUGAAACAUAAAAGCCACGUAAAUGAGCAUCAUGUUAAGGAGGGCUCUGGAAUUCAACAUGAUGCCAAGCCUAACAAUGAAAAUGAAAAUGAGUUUGAUGUACCUACAAUGUCCUUUGAAUCGUAUCUUAAUUAUGAUCAAGUGUCAACUAAACGGAAAAAGAAAAGCUGUCUAAGUGAGCCACCUAAAAAGGUUCAAAUUUGCAAGCAGUACUGUAAUGCAGCUUCACUGAAGAGUGAAACAUCACCUAAUCUAGAUAACCCUACAAGUGCAGAAACUAAAAUGGAGGUAGAUGAAGAUACUCCAAAGGAGGUAAGCCAGACGUUUAAAGGGACACUUCAAGUUAAUUCCGAAAUUGAAUAGUGAGAGACACGUACAUUAGUUGCUGAAAAUAUGGAAUUUCUCCAGUAACCAGUGAAUUUCAGCCAAUUAUUUUCCUUUUACAAAGAAAUACUAUGCAUAUUCCAGAAACCCUUACACAUGCAAUUUAUAGGAAUAUGUAGAUCAAUAGUUUAGAGUAGUUUUAACUAUAGGGAGAAAAUCUUGAAAGAAUCUAUACAUAGCUGAGUAUUUAUUAUCCCUGUAAAAGUUGGUAACAUUAAAUUAUGUCUUUGUUAUAAUUUGUAGUGACUCUCGAUUUUGAGCCGGUGUACUUCCAUCUUGGGUCUUGUUAUGUAUUAUUGAUGUAUUAACUCCAUGAGGAUUGGUGUUAUGAGUAGAGUUGAGCAGACACGUGGAUGUUCGGGUCCGACAGGUUCGGCUGAACUUUUAAAAAAAGUCCAGAUUCGGGCUUGAACUUGACCCCGAACCCAAACCCCAUUGAAGUCAAUGGGGACCCGAGCUUUUGGCCACAAAAAUGGCUCUAACUCCUGGAAAGGGCUAGAGGGCUGCAGAAGGAAGUAAAAUGGGGGUUAGAGUAGGACAAGUGCCCUGCAAACAAAUGGGGAAAUCACUUAAAAAUAACAUAAAAUAAGCAGCCGCUUAGUAGAUAACUCCCUAAUUCCUACGGUAUUAGGGAGCCAUCUACCAAAAGGCUGAAAGACCUAAAUUGGUCUUUCAGCCACAUUUACUAAUACUAAGUAAAGAUUACUUAGUAUUAGUAAAUUCAGCCCCUACUCGCUAUACCACGAGUAGGGGUGUGUCUAGUAAACAGUGAGCAGCCAGUGGCGGUGGGUGAGCGGUGGGUGGGGGCCAUAAAUAAAAAAUGGGGAGACCUAAUUUCCUCCCCCAGGUCCCCACCCCUGAGCGGUGGGUGGGUGGGGGCCAUAAAUAACAAUAAGGGGGGGCCUUAAUGUCCUACCCCCCUCACCCUAAAAAUAAUGAGGGGGGGCAUUAACAAAGUACCUGUUAAAGAUAAAAUACAACUUACCAUUUGAAGUUUUCUUUCUUCUAAAAUCAUCUUUUUUUCAGCCCCGGCCAAAUCAAAAUCCAUAAUAACCGAUGCACUUAAAAAAACGCAAUAAAAAGUGCAAAAUUUUUUAAUCCAUCUUCACCCAUGGAGGGCUCCGCGGCAGACUGAGCUCUGCAGGGCGGGGGAAGGCUUAUAAAGUCUUGCCCCGCCCUGCAAUUAGGCUCAAAGCACUCUGGUGGGUUUAAGCCAUCCAAUCAGAGUGCUCUGACAGGUAAGUCUCUACAUUUACCUGUCACAGCAGUCUGGUUGGCUUGAAAUCCACCAAUCCGAGUGCUCUGUGUCAUUUUACACAGCGUGGGGAAAUUCCAAAGAACUUUCCCAUGCUGUGUAAAAUGACACAGAGCACUCUGGUUACUUAAUUCACCAACCAGAGUGCUCUGGAAUUUUCCCACACUGUAAACUGACACAGAGCACUCUGGAUGGCUUAAACCCACCAAUCAGAGUGCUCUGAGCCUAAUUGCAGGGCGGGGCAAGGCUUGUAAAGCUGUCUACACGGAGCCCUUCAUGGGUGAAGAAGGAAUUUAUUUAUUUAUUUUUUUACAGGUAUUUAGACAAGGAUCCCCCUCAUUAUUUUUAGGAUGAAGGAGGUAGGUAGGGAAAAUUGCUUUUUUUUUUUGGGGAGGGGGGUGACUAGGGGUUUGGAGAACCCUAGUCACCGGGGGGGGUUUAUUUAUGGCCCCCACCUCAGGGGUGGGGGCCGGGGGGGGACAUUAGGUCCCCCUCAUUGUUAUUUAGGCCUCCCCUUUUUGUUAUUAGGUCCCCCCAUUUUUUAUUUAUGGCCCCCACCCACCGCUGCGGCUGGGGGAGGACAUUAGGUUCCCCCCACCCAUUUAUUUAUGGCCCCUACCCACCGCUCAGGGGUGGGGGUGAGGGGGGAACAAUAGGUGCCCCCCCCCUCCCUUAUUGGUACUUAGGGCCCCCACCCACCGCUCAGGGGUGGGGGCGGGGGAGGAACAUAGGCCCCCCCCCUUAGUUUAAAAGUCCCCCACAUGCGCGUUGCAGGUGGGGGCUCAGGAGGGGGGAAUGUUUUGUUUUGUUGUUUUUUUUUUUUUUUUUUAAGUGACCAGCCACAGGCUGCUCACUGUUUAAUAGACACACCCCUACUCGCGUUAUAGUGAGUAGGGGCAUAAUUUAUUAAUACUAAGUGACCAGCUUCUAUAGAGGCUGGGUCACUUGCUGCACUGGCUAUUCUAAGGGCACACGAGAACGCUUGUUGAUCGGCUGCUCUGCAGCCUUUCAAAACGUGUCAAUAAAUCGCCAAACUCCGAACUCCAACCUGAACAUACAGUAAUAUGUAAAUGUCCGGGCCCAAAAAACCUAAUGUUCGGUACGAACCUGAACUUUUCAGUUCGGGUUCGCUCAACUCUAGUUAUGAGAGCACUUUAUGGAUUUCUUAAUUUGUUUAUUUUUUUAGUUGGUUGUUGGUUUGACAGUGUGCCAUCCAUGCUAAUGACUUAGGAAUUUGUUUCACAAUAUUCCAUAUCUGGUAUAAAUCUGUAUGACUGCCCUUGUACAAAUGAUUGCCAGAAGCAUAUUCUAAUUGCUACAUGAAGUUACUCAACUGAAAGUGUGUGUGUGUAUAGAUAUAAAAUAAAUGGUGAUCAGUACUUUUGUCGAAUAGUCAAAUGUAUUAAUAAUAGUAAUAAAGAGCAAGCAAUGUGUGUCCUGUGCUUGUUAACGCUUCAAAGAACUGAAUUUGUAAACCAGUUUUGUUUCAGUUCAAAGUAAAACAUUUGAGACAGUAGUGUUACUAAUGCAGUGGUUAGCAUAGGCUAAAGGUUAAAACUGUACCCACACUGAUCAUUUAUAUGCAGCCUUUUUAAUCCAUUGUAUUAGGCAUAACAUUAAAAUAAUGGAACCAAGCAUUUAGGUUUUUAAUAGUUGUAUGAGACCUGGAUUGCCAUGUGGAAGCAGUUUGUGUUAGAAAUUUAGUUGUUUUGUUACAGGUCAAGGUUGGGUCUCUAGCAGACUUGCUGAACAUUCCACUACCUAAGUUUUUGCCGGAUUAUACUAUAUUGCCUUCACCACCGCAUGUUACUGAUAAUAAAGGUAAGUCAACGAUGCACAUUAAGAAAUCCUAUGGCUUUAUUUACAAUAAAAUACUGUUCUUUGAGCGUUUGGGAAAGACAAAGUGCUGAUGAUUAAUUCAUAAUUUAAAAUCUUAUUCAUGGUUUAUUUGCCUGAUCUCUUUAGAGGAAGAUACACUAAAUCAUCAGUCAGAUAUUUGGAGCCAAUUGUUGGUGUGUUUAGUUCAAUCAUUAUAGUGACCGCAUACUUGGAAACAAGAGGAUUGUGCUGCUAUUGAUAUAUUUAUAGUCUUAUAGAUAUAUAGAACUUGAAAAUAAAUUAUUUGUGUGGGGGGUUCUUCAAUGGUUUUAUGAGAGUUUUUGGGGUGUUGGCAUGCUGCCAUUAAAAACCAUAAGCUGCGUUUGACAUUUUAGUCUAUCAUUGUCCAAUUGCUCAACCAGAAGAUAACAAAACCUUGUUAAAGCGUACUCUUAUGCAUGAAGUUUGGAUUGCAUAGCAUGGCAAGGAGGGCUUUACCUAUGGCUCGUCAAUAUCACUGCUGUCCGAGGUUUGGAAUGUGUAAAUUCUACAUGAUCAGUGUGACUGCAGAGGGCUGGGCAUUGGUGAUAGAGCGCUUUGGUUUUUGUCAAGCUGUCACAGGUUUUUUUCCAUACUGACAAUUACUCAGAAAUGGUAUGACCGGAUACUAGGGUACAACACCCAUAAACUUAUUGUACUGUAACAAAAGCAGUUUGGUGUCCUUUUUAAUGGUAUUCAGAAAACCAGAAAACUUGGUGUUAAUAUGAAUGUCAUGGACUCUUGUGAAACGCUUCUUAUGCGCCCCAAUAAGGCACAAAGCUGAACUGAAAAAUGUAUUCUAAAAACUAAAUGUUAAUACGACUCCACUUGCUGAAGGGAUUUAUGGGUAAGGAGUAUUCAAUUGAAGUCGCUUGAUAAAAGUGCUGAUUUCUGUGAGAAAUCAGAACUUUUACCUUAAAACAGUGACACCCCACUUUGAUUGGUAAUCUAGCACCCAGGGAGCUUUGCUUUCUGCCUCCAUUAGCUGACCUGACUCUAGCACGCCUGCCUUCAUUCAAAUUCCUUCUCCUAGACCGCUAAACUCCAUGCAUGGAGGGAUAGUUCUGAAUGAGAAGCCUCCGGUUAUAUCCACAUGAAGAGCUUGAAAGUUGCUUUUGAUGCAAAAAUGGGAGGUCUUGCAAAGACUGCAGCUUAUUGCAAGCUCUUAAAAAAUAUGCCCCCAAUGAAUACAUGUAUGAAAACCUGUGCACUGUGAAGUGUUCCUUUAAGCUAUUCAAUCUAGUGAAAUAUACAAAUGUAUCGGGGGGGGGGGGAGAACUCUUCUGACGCAUUACCUUGGCAAAUCUCUUAAAUUUUAAUUUCAGUUUUUAUGACAACCAAAUAAUCACAUAUUAUUUCCUCCUUCUGGGCAAAUGAUUAUUAAAGACUCCCUAGAGACAUUUUUACUUAUCCGGUACAAAAUAUUUUUUUGACUUUGUGACUGUAAAAACAAAUUACAUUCAGUUUGUCGCGGAUCUCCCAUUUACCUCUGAUUAUCGGAUUAAAUGAUUCCAACCAACUGACUGGUAGAUUUUCCCAAAUGCAUUAAUAUUUGCACUGCAAUACAUACACAAUGCUUUUAAAUAAAAGUAAAACAUAACCUAAAAAAAAUAGAUAUUCUCUUAUGUGACUCAAAGGAAUAGAAUGCUAACUAGCAGGUAUAACUGUACCAAAUUAUUGUCUGCAUUGCAGUGCUUUAUUGGCACAGUAGAUGUUACUGUCAAUUGUCAGGUUUUUAUUGUAAGAAGUCGAUUGUCAAACUGCAAAUUCCAAAAAGCUUUGAAAUCCUCAGCAGUAGUGGUAUAGAAGCAAAACCACUAAACAGUACAGAUGGUGUAGACACCGAAAAGUUGAGGUUAAGGAGCAAAUAUAUUUUUAAACUAAAGAUUAAACCCCAUAAUAAUCCAUUGUUCCGCGGUUCAUUGGCUUUACUAAGACAAAAUUUAAGAUAACAAGUAUAUUUUUUUCUUUUUUUUUUUUUUUCUUUUAGCAAACAUUAUUGAAGGACUGCCUGACCCAGGAAGUGAAUCAAGUGGCUUUACUGGCCGCAGAUUAAAUUCAAAGAUGCUGGUUUACUCUGGUUCUAAAACAAUUUAUCUCCCAAAGAUGCUUACAUUAUAUGAGCAAUGUAUACGCGUCCUCCAAAAUAAUAUUGACUGUAAGUAUUCUGCUAUAUAACUUUACAAGAUAAAACCUUUGAAGGUACACUAUAGAGUUAGGCAUACAAAUGUGUAUUCCUAAUGCUAUAGUGCCCUAAUUAGUUUGUGACCGGGUUAAAAAGUUGAUUUUACUUACCUCUUCUCCCUCUAAGCACUGGUCUCCUCGGCUUUAAUUGAGACUGAUCUCAGCCAAGUAGUGAUAGCCCACAGGGAAUAAAUGAGGCUAGAGUGGCAAAAUGGCCAGUCAGAUGUACAAAAAAAUUAAACUUAAAUAAAAUCGGCCUUUAAUAUUCUACAUCUAUAAUUAAAAUUACUCCUCAAAAAAACUUCAAUUUAGAUGGGUAUAGCCUGUCAUGCAGAAAGAUCCAACAAAAAGAAAAUGGGGUAAAUACAAUACUGUGCAGUCUAAUCCAUGUUCUAAUCAAAGGGGAAGCUCAAACUGGCAUUGUCCCCAUAAAAAAAGAGAAAAAUACAGUUAUAAAUCUAGGCACGGGUUUCCCCAGUAUCCUUCCAGUUAACUCUCCCAGGCUUCCCUUUGGUAUUUGUCGAAAUGCCAAUCAGAUGGUCUCUGAUUGAAAUAGUGGAGUUUUACUACACGAUUUCGGCAGAAACGCUUCUCUAGAGGCAGGUUAACCCUGAAAUGAAAAUGUUGUUGGUCCUGAUGAAGUGGUCUAAUUGCCAAUAAUUGCAAAGUGUAGCAUACUGUUCUGUAACUGCAUGUGUAGAGAAACCCAAGCGGGCUAAACAUUUCAUGAACUUCGGGUGGGGGCCCUAAAGUACAAUAAGGGGGGAACUUAUUGUCCUCACCCCCCCUGGCCCCACCCAUGAGCGGCAUGGGGGGAGACCUAUUGUACUUGGGGGCAAAGAGGGAGGACAACAAUUGGGCCCCUACCCGCCGUUCAUGGUUGGGGGCCGGGGGGGGGGGGGAGUUAGGGGCCCCCACCUGCAUGCAUUCCUCCCUUUUUUAAUUUUUCGCACCACUUCUUAGACCAAAACUAUUUGUUACAUAUCCCCUUUUAAAAAAAUAUAGAAGUACGUGUGUGUACGUGUAUUUAUAAUGUACUUUAAAUGGGAAUUUGUGGAUAUGUGUAAGUCUCAUAUAUUUUUUUCAUUUCUUUUAAUUGCUACAGGUUCUUUUAAUUCAGUGUAUGAAUGAGAUUUUAAGUAAGAGUUAUUUGAUGUAAAGUGUUGUGAAAAUCCUGUAGAGGGGAAAAGUCAUGUAACUAUAGGUCAUUUAUGACCAAUUUUCAAAUGGAGUAGGAGGGAUUUUUAAUUUUUUUUAACUGAAAUUUAUCUUGCCAUUUUAGCCAUUCAAGAGGUUGGAGGUGUACCAUUUGGAAUCCUUAUGCCUGUUCUUGAGCGCUGUACUCCAGAACAGCUAAGCCACAUCGAAGAAUGUAAUCCGGUAUGCAAUAUUUUCCAUUUUGAUUUAAUGUUUGCCUUCGUAAAAGCAACAUGUAGAUUUUAGCAAGAAAAUCCACAUUAGUUUAUUUCCUGGUUUUAUUUUUCUUUUUGGUCUCUUUUUCAGCUUAUUGUCUAAUUUACUGUAAAAUAUUGUAUGAAGAGCUAGAAAGAGCUAAAGCAAAUCUUUUUUUACAUUAAGUUUCUUUGCAUUGCAUUGUAUUGUGUGCUUAUCAUUCCUUUCAAACAAUUUCUAAACUAUCCAUUGUUAAUUGGGGUACACCUCUCCUUCUCCCUUUUCUGCCAUUUCCAAGACAUUUAUUGAGGAUUCUGGACACUUGUGGAAGAAGCACUGUCAACGGGACUUUAAAGGCCAUGAACUGCUGGAGUAUGAGUCAUGGCGUGAGAUGUAUAUUAGACUCUUCACCGAAAGAGAAGAAAAAUUAAGGCUGAUCACUCAAAAUAUUAGCUCUGCUCAUUCUGGAAAACCAAAAGGUAUAUACAUUGACAUGUUUUUUUUUUCAUAUUUUGUAUUUAUGGAUUAUUCUGCUAUAACAGAGGUAGAGUCCAACCUGUAGAGGGACAUACGGUCUUCAAUCUACUUAGCGUCGAAGGGACUUGGUCUUCUUUAUGUGAACGAACAGGUGUGCAUUAGGCAAGUACAUACCUGAAAUGGUGAGGGAUCUCAAGGUAUUUUUCCUUGUUUAAAAAAACAAACAAACCUACAAAGAGAUAAAUAUUAUAGAAAGUAAUAAACAAUCUGACUUAUCUACUCUUAACCAGUUGGUCUCGAUCAAUGUCAAGUGCCAGCUCCCCCAAAAAGUAAAAUCAGCAUUUUGCAAUGCAAUUUAUAUGCCCUAGAUGUGUAAUAAAUGCAACAAAAUCAUAAUGUAAACGUUAAUUCAAGGCCCAGCAAAUGAUUAAAAAAAAAAAAAACAGCGCUCCAAAUUGUCUGUUUUGAGGGGUUUCCUUUAAAUGUGCAGUUUAAACACUGAUGGGUAAGUGACAGUUAACCAGCUGCAUGUUUUUUUUUCCCUAAGAUGUGGAUUUCUACUUGCCUUAAAGGAAAUCUACAGCGUUAGGAUAUACAGGUUUGUAUUAAUAAUGCUAGUGUCCCUGUCCCUGCUAUAUACAGGUGUCUUCCCCUCAAUGUGCCUAAAAAGUAAUACAAUCUAAGUAUUACCUUUGCUCUGCUCAGCUCCAACUCACAUUCAUUUUUGCAUCUUUAACCCAUUAAGGACACAACUUCUGGAAUAAAAGGGAAUCAUGACAGAAUAUUCCCGUCAUGUGUCCUUAAGGGGUUAAAUGUUCAAUGUAUUCUUCAAAAUCCAUUGUUACACUGGUUAUUUCCUUUUUCUUUUUAUUUCUACACUUUCAACUUCUCCUCUUGCCGAGCAUGCAGUUGCUGAGGCGUAUACAAAGUUCUCAUAUUCCCAUUUGGGUUAAAACUUGUGAUGUCACAAUUUGAGGUCAGAAGCAGUUGGCACUGAUUCAAGAAGAUGGUGGUCUCAAGUGACAAAAGGGUCUACCUCUACCUUCCUUAAAUGGACAUCUUGGGCUUUGAUUGGUUAAGGCUGAAAUAUACAAUCUGUAUUUGUCUUGUAUGUACUUUAAUUUCUGACAUAAGGAUGUCCUUGUGUAUAUAAUAGAAUAUAAAUUCUAGACAUUUUAAUAUUUUACAAGGUUUCCUGGAAGACUCCAAAACGUACUUGCCACAUUUCUUGUAAAGUGUGUGGUUUUCAAUGUUUAUAAAUACUGCCUAAACUGAUUCUUGCCCAUUUUGGAUAACAAAAAAUGUGAAAGGCUUACCGGGACAUGCUAUUCCAUGUGAGGUAGACCUGCUGGGGAUGAUCUGAAAAAAGUAUUUCACAAGGUGGUUUUUAAAAAAAAUAUAUAUUUAAGAUUGCCCCCAUACGUGAACUGUCAGGAACUUGGCAAGCUAAUUAACAAAAUAGUUAAAGCAGUAAUUGCAUAGAACUGACCAGGCAAUUGUACAUUUUAGACCACAAUGAGGUGGAAAAUAUUGGUGAACAUCUCACAAUUUUCAGGUUUUUCAGUGUGAUUUUUUUUUUUUUUGGAAAGUUUGACAAUGCACAUAUCAAAACAUUUCAUAUGCUUGCCCAGAUGGUAGCAAGUAAGAAGUAAUUAAGAGUUUAGUCAUUAAGACUUUUUACCAGUUUUUAUUUUCACUUCACUUAAAUCUGUUGGAAAGCACAUGGCACCACAAUAUCAUUUCUUGUUAUGUCCAAUGUUGGCAGCACCCUACACUAUAUUCCUACAAUAUUUACAGACCCCACCUGAAGUAAUGAUUCCUCCUUGGACACGUGCAGGUUUGCACCAGCUGUUAGAUCUUGUGUCCCCUGCCUCGUGUAUAUUUCCCCAGUGAUGACCUCUUGUAAAUUCGGUUCUGACAGUCGUAUUUCCAAGCAAGAGCCUAAAAUGAAGAAUCAAUUGUGGUUUUUUUGAGUCACUAAGCACUUUGAGUUUUUUUUUUCCUGAACCCCUAUGCCAUGAUUCUGCUAAUAGUGUCACAGGUCCAUGCUUGCUGCUAUAGUCUUGUGGUAUUUAAUAUUUCACCUUCUAUGCAAAUCUAUGCGAUUAGAGUAAACUCUGAGAUUCAGGGUUGUGAUCACUGAGAAUUCCCAAAUAGACUAUAAGCAUUACAUAAGGCCACUACUUUGUUAGCAAUUUUAAGUUAUGCCUGUAGCAGGACUUUUAGCUUUACACCAGGUCCAGGACCAGCUUAACAUAGGUGCUUUUGUAACUGAAGCCUAUUGCAACAUGUGGACCUGUAGCUUAACAGCCUGACUGUAUUUUUGAGAUUGUCUCCGGUUUUGAAUUGCUCAGUGCAUUAUUCAUAUUGUGGCCAGGUUGGUAUCCAUAUCAAUUUGUCCUGGCUGAGCAACAUGGGAAUUCCCUUCCAUAACACAUGAAAUGUACAUUUGCACUGUAUAUGUAUUUGUAUCUGGCUUAGGAGAGGUCUAUCCCCACAGCCUACCUGUGGUAUCUAUCUUAAAACUCACCAUGUGUAACAUGAUUGCAGAUUGACAUAGAUGAUUAAAAUUAUUCAGCAUUAGAAACCAUUAUGUGGGCCUCUUAAAAUUCAAACUUUCAAGUUUAAAAAGAGAAUGACAAAUGCGUUAACCUGUCUCAUAAGACUUAAACCCCUUUUUUCUAAAUGUUUCUCUUAGGUCGACAGGUAAAACUUGCUUAUAUUCAUAGUGCAGCAAAACCUCCACGGUACAUUCGUCGUAAGCAAGAGAUCAAUGGGACAGCUGGACCGAUUAUACAGCCUCAUCCAAUGGAUAAGUUCAAGUAAGUAAUCGUUCGUGUUUGGCAAAUGUGCCUUUCCACAAAGGCAGAUCAGUUUCUUGCACUCCUCUAACCAACAGGUGUUAUUUAAGCACAUUGGUGGCAUGUAGGCAGGGCCAGUGCAAGGAUUUUUGGGUACACAGGCGAAGAUGGUUUAGGCGCCUCGGCCCCCUCCUCCCCCACGAAAAAGAAUCUGCAGCGGUGUGCCUCUUAACCCGCCUUUUAUUUCUUAUCCCCUUUUUAAAAUCUUACCACCUUUAGUGUGUUAUGCCCUAUUUUUCAAAAUUGUCUUACAUCUCCCUUGUGUAUCUCUUACAAUCCCCCUUUGUGUGUCGAACUCACCCCAGCCCCUCUGUGUCUUUUUCCUCUUCUUCAGACCCUCUGUCUUUCACCCCCAUCCCCCUCUGUACAUCUUUCUCACCCCAGGCCCAUCUGUGUGUCUUUCUCCCCCCUCUUGUCUCUGUCUUUCUCCCCACUCAGUCCCCCCUUUUAGCCACUCUCCCCUCGGCCAUUAGUGUUCCUCUCCUCUCCCCUCCUUGUCCCUUAGUGUUCCUCUCCCUUCCCCAUCCCUUAUUGGUCCUCUGCCUUGUCCUUUAGUGCUCCUCUCUUGUCUCUGUGUGUCUUUCUCGCCACUCUCCCCUCUGUCCAUUAGUGUUCCUCUCCCAUCCCCUCCUUGUCCCUUAGUGUUCCUCUCCCUUCCCCAUCCCUUAUUGGUCCUCUUCCUUGUCCCUAAGUGCUCCUCUCUCCCCCCCUUAUAUGUCUUAGUGUCCCCCCUUAGUCUUCUUCUCCCAUCCCUUACCUCUUUUAGUGCCCCCCAUAUUUCUUAGUGUUCCUUUUCCCUUCUCUCCCCUGUCCCUUAGUGUCCCCUCCAUCCCUUAGUGUUCCUCUCUCUCUCUCCCUUAGUGGCCCACUCCCCUCACUCCCUGGUGUACCUUUUUUUUGUAGUGUGGCUGAGCAGAGCAGAUGGAGGUACAGGAGCUUCAGUUUCCUGUACCUGGACAGACUGACAGGAAGUGCUCUCAGUGAGCACUUCCUACAAGUCCGGCCGGGUACAGAAAACAGAAGCUCCUGUACCGCCAUCUGCUCAGCCAAGCUACUCAGAAGGACUGUCUAGUAGGGGGUGCACUGUGCGGUUCCCUCCUACGGAUCACUCUAAUCUAGCGUCCCCGGGCCGGUGCAACCUAAGACACUGUAACGCCUAAUGGACGCACCAGCCCUGCAUAUAGGCAGACCUAGCCCAAAACCUUGUUCUGCCUGGAUCCAAGUAUAAAAUGCUACCUCCUCCCCCUUCCCCUCCCCCCGCCACAAUCACUGGACAUCCAUUAAGUUAUACAGUAUGUGUAGUGAAUGUAGUGUAUGUGUAGGAUAUGCAGUGUGUUGUAUGCUGUGUGUAUAGUGGAUGCAGAGUGUUUUUGUAGUCAGUGCAGUGUGUUGUAUGCAUUUGUGUGUUAGUGUCUGUGGGGGAAGUUUAUAAUUCUUUGUUUUUUAAUAUAAUUAUGGACACUAGAUUCCCUGUUGGUCCGGUGUCACUGCAUGCUCGUCCUGUGAAGAGGGGCCGGGGAGUCUAAUCUUCCCUUCCAGCAAAAUCUGCUCCUCUUGCGUUAUGGCACUGUUCUGUGCGGUGCACACAGCAUGCUGGAGCAUUGCCAUGACAACCUGUGGCAACGCUCUCAUGGCUCACAAGACGAAAAAAGCGGAUUGUGCUGGAGGGUAAGAUUAGACUCCCAGGCCCCCACUUCACAGGACAAACUUGCAGGGACCAUAAUACAGCCCGGGCCCCACAGCAGGCUGGUUAAAGUGUGCAGAGGUGGCAAAAUGCUUCCACUGUCAAAGUGCUGUUUGAAACCAUGGCCCCAUCAGGACCUAUGGACAGGCUGGCCCUACGUAUGUGUAUUUAGUGUUGCUAUUUUCUAUAUUUUUAUUAAGGAUGGUUUAAGAAGUGCUUUCUUUUAAUUUUGAUGGUGAGAUUCACAUUGCAUGGCGACUCAUGUUAAGGUUGUUGUCAGAUUAUUAUUUUUAAUCCUUUUAAAAUUUAGGAAGAUUUUUCAAAGUGUCAUCAACACUUUUCUAUUCAACUUUUGGCAAUUUAUUUUAUUUUGAAAGUAGAAAAUCCACAGGUUCAACAGGAUGGGUACUUCAAAUAAGAUUUACUUUAAACCGGAACACAAAUAUACAACGUUUCAGUAUCAAACCAUAAUCAUGUAUAACAGGAACAGGGAAUAUCACAUAAUAUAUACACCCUGUUCCAAAUUAUGCAAAUUAUAUUUAAGUGUCACAAAGAUUAAAUAUUUUGUUUUUCAGUUUAACUCAUGGAUGGCAUUGUGGGCUCUUUUGAUCACUGAAAACAAUCUCGGACACCUGUGAUAAUUAGAUUGCCAGGUGAGCCCAAUUUAAGGAAAAACUACUAAAGGAGGGUGUCCCACAUUAUUAAGCAUAGCACCAUUUUCAUGCAAUAUGGGGAAUAAAAAGGAUCUCUCUGCUGCCGAAAAGAGUGAAAUAGUUCAAUGCUAUAGGUAUGAAAACAUUAGAUAUUUCACGAAAACUUAAGAGUGAUCAUCACACUAUUAAUCAUUUGUGGCUGAUUCAGAGCACAGACUGGCAUGAUAAAGGCACAUUGAGGAAGAUUUCUGCCAGAUGCAUGCAUCGGAUCAAGAGAGCAGCAGCUAAAAUACCAUUACAUGGCAGCAAACAGAUAUUUGAAGCUGGUGCAUCUGGAGUCCCAUGGACAUCGAGGUGUAGAGUCCUCCAGAGUCUUGCAACUGUGCAUAAACCUUCUAUUCUGCCACCACUAACCAAUGCUCACAAGCAGAAACUGCUGCAUUGGGCAGAAAAAUAAAUGAAGACUAAUUUUCACAGUCCUGUUCACUGAUGAGUGCUGUGCAACCUGGAAUGGUCCAGAUGGAUGGAGUAGUGGAUGGUUGGUGGACGGCCACCCUGUUCCAACAAGGCUGCGACAUCAGCAAGGCGGUGGUGGAGUCAUGUUUUGGGCCGGAAUCAUGGGAAGAGAGCUGGUCGGCCCCUUUAGGGUCCCCGAAGGUGUAAAGAUGACCUCUGCAAAGUAUGUGGAGUUUCUGACUGACCACUUUCUUCCCUCGUACAGAAGGAAGAACUAUGCUUUCCGUAAUAAAAUCAUCUUCAUGCAUGACAAUGCACCAUCUCAUGCUGCAAAGAAGAGAGCUGGUUUCUGGCUGCUAUGGGGAUUAAAAGAGAGAAAGUUAUGGUGUGGCCUCCAUCCUAUUGAGAACCUUUGGAGCAUCCUCAAGCAAAAGAUCCAUGAGGUUGGGAGGCAGUUUACAUCAAAACAGCAGCUCUGGGAGGCUAUUCUGACCUCUUGCAAACAAAUUUAAGCAGAAACUGUCCAAAAACUCACAAGUUCAAUGGAUUCAAGACUUGUGAAGCUGCUAUCAAAUAAGGGGUCCUAUCUCAUGCUGCAAAGAAGAGAGCUGGUUUCUGGCUGCUAUGGGGAUUAAAAGAGAGAAAGUUAUGGUGUGGCCUCCAUCCUAUUGAGAACCUUUGGAGCAUCCUCAAGCAAAAGAUCUAUGAGGUUGGGAGGCAGUUUACAUCAAAACAGCAGCUCUGGGAGGCUAUUCUGACAUCUUGCAAACAAAUUCAAGCAGAAACUGUCCAAAAACUCACAAGUUCAAUGAAUGCAAGACUUGUGAAGCUGCUAUCAAAUAAAAUGUUAAAAUGUUUAAAAAGUUAAAAUGUUAUAUGUUUGAUUGAAAUAGCUUUUGAUUUCGGUAAACAUGCUGCAAACACAACAAAUGACAAUUUUCAGUUCUUUACAACCUAUAAAGUGUUUUGAAACUUACAAUGCACUGUUCCAAAUUAUUACGCAGAGUAAGUUUAUGUUUAAAAAAAAAAUACUGUUCUCAUUAGGUUUGUUCAAUAAAAUUUGAAUUGUACUCUUAAUAGUUGAUAACAUGAGAAAUAUGACUGUUCUUUACAUCAUUAUUUAGGUAAGUGAGAAAAAUAUCAUUUGCAUAAUAAUUUGGAACAGGGUGUACAGGCAUUAAACACGCAAAAAGCAAGACACCUCUAAAGAGUGUGUAUAGUAACAAGGGUAAUCAAAAUGUGUAUGCAAUGUAUAUAACAAUAUACUUAUUACCUUAUAGCAAAAGGUAUCAAUAUAUUUAAAACCAGUAUAUUGGAAUAGCAGGACAGAAAAAAAGAUGGUAUAUUGUAGCGGAGCUCCGUGUACCCCGGCUAGGUACCUCCGCCAAGGACAGCUUCAUAGCUUAAACCGCUUGACUGGGGUACUCAUGGAGCCUCUUCAUCUAUUUCCUCCCAGGGACUGGAUGACACACAGUCCUAGUAGUUCUAGUCCUUACGACUGAAAACAAGGUGCUGAGUUGUGAAUACUCCUUCCCCUCCCACUAACUGGAUGACACACAGUCCUGAGAGUACAAUAGAUUUUAAUGAGCCAAACUCUGCCUUUUAUGCACAUACCGCAGCAGCUUCCAUUGUAUUCAACACAAGCCCCUCCCAGGUAUCUCUGCGUCUGAGAGAUAGUUGCUUUAAAGAUCAGUAAGCUAAUUAUCUCCCAGGAACAGAGAGCCAAACACAAAAAUAUAAAAACAACCCCACAAAGACAAACCCCAAAUAGCCCUAAUCUGAGUACCCAAGUUCUCCAAAUAGCGCUAAGACCCAUGCAGUGUUGGGGAAACGCCACCAUGUUAAAGUUUUGACCGGCCACACAUGUUGUCCUAUGACCAAAAUUGUUCCAGAGCAUUUGGUGCUUUUGUCGGUCAACUUUUUGAAACUCCAGCGGCCGCAAUACGGGGUGCUCCUCCUGGCUCUCAGGUAGUGUUUUUUUCCCCUGGUCUCAUCAUCUUCCCUCCAAAAAACGCUCUCCCGGCGGGUAGCAAAGUGGCUAAAAACACCAGACCAAGUUGUCUGGGAACUGCACGGUCACCUCAUGCUGAAUACAGUUCCAUAACAUUCACGGCUAAGUCCCACUGACGUGACCGGUAACCCACAAAGUCCUCAUGCCAAAAUUAGUUCCUGAGCGGUCAAGGCAAAGUACCUCUCGGACUAUUCGUGGGUUUGCUAAUACAUACAAAGCCGUUAUGGUUGUCACCCCCUGAUGGCACUGGUGGCCACCAUCCCCGGAAUUCUGCCCUUCCCAAUGGCAGCUACUUUGUCUGUUGGCCUCCGUUAUCCUUAGUUUCCUCUUACGUCUGGGUUGCCCUGUGCCCAUUGUAGGUUCAGGGUGUUUAUUAUUGUGGUGCUUGGAAGUGGAAUGUGUUGCUUGAUCUUCUGUCCUGAUGGUGCCUUGUACCAACUCUGUAGAUUUGGCUGUAGGUCCUGUGCAGUGCCAUUCAGGUAGAUUUGCAUAUUAUGACCAAAGCAGGCAGAAGACUUAUUUCUUGUCAGUGUUUGUCUUCCCUACUCUUUUAUGAAUAUUUUGUGUUGUAACCGCUGCUAGUUCCCCUAUUUACCACUAUAAUGUCUUAAAGCAUAGAAUUUAGCAGGGCUAACAAUACAGAUAUUUUGGCUGUAGUAUUAAAUAGUUAGCAAGAGAUCCUCUAUUUAAAAUAUAUAAAUUGCGAAUACAAUAAAAACAGGGAUAUUCUUGGAAGCAAUAAAGUUUUGAAUUUUAAAAUAUUUUAUUAAAUAAAAAUAUAAAUAGACUUAUGAAAAUGUAGUAAUCCAUUACAAAUAUGUAUAGCAGAGUUUAUAAGAUUAAAGUAUAGAUUUGCAAUAUCUGUAAAAUAUAACUUACCCUCUUGAACAUCAACCUCUUAGUCAUGAUAAAAUGGAGCAGCGUCUCUGCAUCCAAAAUUCUUUCCAGUGUCCAAAUAUUAAUAGGUACACCUAUUUAUACCUUCGAUUUUCAGUUGGGUCAUGUUAGGACCUACCUUGGCAAAGAUACAAGGCUAUAACUUCCAUAAUUUCUAAUGGGAACAUCUGUCUAUUGUCGUGACCUAAACAUCUUGGGGAAGAUAAUCGGUUAAUCAAAAUGUUCUUUUAAUGGUGUUUCCUAAAAUAGAGAAACUGAUAUAGGCUUUUACAGAUCCCAUAGAUUUUUUUGGAUCACCUUACUAAGGAAGGGGGGAGGGGGUUGUGUUGAGAUGAUGGGGUGCAGUGUUUGGGGGGGGGGGCGGUGGAGAGACUGAUGGCAAGGAAAAACAGUAAAUUGAAUCAUGUAUACCUUGCAAAAAAUCUUCUCUAACUCAGGCAGCACAAACAAGGGUAAAAUAUUCCAUGUGAACAAAUAUAAGUUUCUAUUUAACUCCUCUGCAUACUUUAUCCCCAUAUCACACUAUGGCCUAAAUUUAAUAAGCUUUACAAAUUAUUCCAUUAUGUUAGAAAAACCUUUAAAAGGUUUAUCUACAGAUGUCACCAUUAAAGCAUAGGGAUUUUUUUUUUGGAUAAAUAGUUUGAAAAGUUUUUUCUUAGAUCAAGGCCUGUGUUUUCUCCUUUUUAACAAAAUGUAUUUGUCUUAGGUUCUAUAGAAUUUUUCAUGGCAAUCUAUAGUAAACAGUUAUAAGACAAAACCAGAUGUAGAUUGUGUAAUUUACUCAAAAAAAUUUGCCAAAAAACACACAAUGAAUACUUACAUGCCAUUGUACAUAUUUUAAAUUAAGAUGCCUGCGGCUGCCAUAACGAACACACAUACAAAGCCAUUUUGGUUUACCUGGUAGAGUACAAAACUAUUUUAGUUGUGUAACCAAAGCAUGAAUGUCCUGACAUUUCCAGAUUGUGUUUCAUAAAAGACCUGUUGCUGUCAGUCACAUUGGUAUGUGUCUCAAUGACGCACUUUACCAUGAAUUUAAUUAUUUUAAGUUUGUCACACUUGUCGAAGCCCUUUUUAGUUUUCCAUGUUUAAAGAAAUCUAUUGACCUCCAAUAACCAAGAUUUACCAUUUCCUUCCUCAUAAACCCAAAUAAUUCUGUCUCUGCACUGAGUAUUUACCUUUAUUGCACUAUAAAAUAGUGAUUGGAACUGACCCUCCUGGGUACAAUAGUGGUUAACUUUCCUAUGUAGGUCCAUUCACUGAGUCCAUAUUGAAUAUAUAUAUAUAUUGCACUUAGCUGGGAUUCUAUAUAGCUCAAGGACAGAGAGAGACUGUAUCAGACUUCUUGCAGUGUGUUCUCCUGGGAAGAGUGGAAGUUUUCAUUUAAAUUAGGAGUGUAAGAUGAUAUUCCUGCUUGUCAUCCUUCUAAUUUUAAUUCAAUGCAAUGAUUAGACAUUCUACAUUUGUAUAUGAGCAUUGAGGCAAUGCCCACCAUUAAACCUGUCCUUGAAAUGUUGAUAUAUAUUCCUCUAAGUGUUAAAAUCUUUCAUUAGAGCAUGACAUGGUGAAAGUCAAAGUACAUUUGGUUUCUUUCUAAAUUAAGCUGGGCUUUGUAUAAUACCACUUCUUGUUUUUAUUUAUUCUCAAAUAUACAGGGAUGUUAAGUGUGCCAAGUGAUAUAGCUACCUGGGGAGACUCCACCAACCUGAAUGUUUAUAAAUGUUUUAAAAUAUUAGAUCUGUUCUUACCCUAUGUUUUUCGGUCUGCAGAUUUAGUCCUAGUGGUACCUUGGAAUAUUUUGGUGCCGUAAAACAAAUACUAACAGAGAAAUGGCUGAGAUUUGUGCACAACCUGGUUGCUUUAUUUAUAAAGCACCAACAAAUUCCGCAGCGCUGUACAAUGGGUGGACUAACAGACAUGUAUUUGUAACCAGACUAGCUGGACAAACCGGAAUGGAGGGAUUGAGGGCCUUGCUCAAUGAGCUUACAUGCUAGAGGGAGUGGGGUAUAGAGUUUACCAAGGGAGGCAAUGUAGAUUGGGAACAAUAGGGGACCAUUAAAAAAUGGUAUAUAAUCUAAUUUUUUUCUUCAUUUUUUAAAUAUAUAUGUCUGUGUCUCAUCCUUUUUUUAUAUUUAUAGAUAUAGAUAGAUAUAUAGAUAGAUAUAUAGAUAGAUAGAUAUAUAGAUAGAUAGAUAUAUAGAUAGAUAUAGAUAUAUAGAUAGAUAUAGAUAUAUAGAUAGAUAUAGAUAUAUAGAUAGAUAUAUAUAUCUAUAUCUCGAAAUACCCCCUCCCAAAAAAAUACUAUUUGCAAAAUAUUGCCUUUUUAGAAGUAACUUUGUCUACAAAUGUGGUGAUUUCAAAGCACAGCCUGCCAUGUAAUCCAACUACACAAACUUGUAUUUUCUUUGUGUGUAAGAUUACCAUGUGAAGAUAUAUGAACGCACAAAAUGUGUACAGCAUCAUGGAUAAGAGGUGUGACAUACAAGCAUGCACAACCACGAUCUACGCCUAGAAGUUAUCUGAUCACACGAUUGCAGGGGACGUUUUGAGAAACUCCAUCCAUAUCCAGAAGGGCUCUGAAGUUGCUUUGUACAAUUUAUUGAGUAUUAAAUACAAACACUUUGCUAUAUCAAAAAGGCUUUGUCUUGAUGUGCGUUAGGGUUGUCAUGUUACUUGUCACGGAAAGUGUUAAGUGUAGUUUGUUGUCAUGCCUGACUGCUGUAUUUGGGAACAGUGUUACUGCUGAUAGAUCUCUUGGCUACAAGGUAGGCAUGUUCUAAUCUAGACUUCAAGAAUUGGAUCUAGAUGAUGGGAUAUGGACCUUGGAGUUGAAUUGUGAAGAGUCAUGGUGUACACACUUUGUAAUAUGGCUAUUCUGUUUUUCUGUAGCAGAACAUCUUUUUGAUUUUUCCAAAGUAUGUAACAGAUGGGGGUAAGAAAUAAAUGUCAAGUGUAAAUUAAGAUUAGCGCUGAUAUGAGGAUUCUAGAUCCAGUUUGGCAUGCACAGGGGAACAGGAGAUUAACGGUAAUGUUUGGGAAAGCUGAUUUGACAGAUGGCAAGGGAUGGCUUGCUCUAGCUCUGUGAGGAUGCUCUGUUAUGUUCUAUGAAGACAACCUAGAGAAUUCAGUGUACAUUUAUUGCAUGUGGUGUGUGUGUGUGUGUGUAUAUGUAUGUAUGUGUGUGUGUGUGCAUAUAUUCAAAGCACCCUAACCACUACAGUGGAUAUGGUGCCAGGAGUGCUGGUCUUCUUUUCAGAGUAAGAAAUCAAGCUAUUUGAAAAUGGCUUGACACCUCGGUGCCUGAGACUGCAGCCCUGCUUUAUUAUCUCUGCUAUGCUAAGCAAGGCUGCAAAUAUUUAUUUACUCUGAGCUAGAAGCAUAAGAUUAAAGGAACUGAUUUAUUUUUUUUCUUUAGGGUACAAAAAAAUGAAAACAAGGACAGAGCAAUUCCAGUAAAUAUUCAAAAUUCAUCAACAACUGCUUGUGUGAUUCAUAGUAAUAAUCCUUCAUCUGGACCAAGUCAAGAUCCCAAAAAAGUUGUGAAAAGUAAGCAUGACUCUUGUACCUUUGUACCUGUAUGUGCUUUAAAAAUGCAUUUCAGAUAUAAACACCUAAUUCUUCACAAAAACUAGGGAUUAUUCUAGCUCUAGUGAACGAAUAAUCAAAAUUUCAUUAACCCCUGCGUGACCAGACCACUUUUACAUUUUCUUACCGUUGGGGACCCGGGCUGUUUUUACAUUUCUGCAGUGUUUGUGUUUAGCUGUAAUUUUCCUUACUUAUUUACUGUACCCACACAUUAUAGAUCAUUUUUCUCGCCACUAAAUGGUCUUUCUAAAGAUACCAUUAUUUUCAUCAUAAUUUACUAUAAAUUUUUUUAUAAAAUGAUAUUAAUAAAAACACACUUUUUCUAACUUUAACCCCCAAAAUCUGUUGCGCAUCUACAACUGCCAAAAAACAUCCAUGCUAAAUGGUUUCUAAAUUUUGUCUUGAGUUUAUAGGACAAUAAGUACAAGUAACACUUUGCUAUUUCCAAACCAUUUUUUUCCCCCAAAAUGAACGCGUUACAUUGUAACACUGAUGUCUGUCAGGAAUCCCUGAAUAACCCUUAAUGUGUGUGUAUGUAUAAUUUUUUUUGUUUUUUCUUUUAAAGACAACCUAAGGUACUAAACUUGGGGUACAUUUCAUGCAACUAUUUUACCACCAAUCUAUGCCAAAUUUGAAAAAAAAAAUUCUAUAAUUUUCUUGACACAUAUAGCAAUUUAAGAAUACAUGUACAGAGAACUUUAAGGGUUACUGCCAAAGAACACCCCAAUAUGUGUUCAGCAACAUCUCCAGAGUACAGUGAUACAACCCAUGUAUAGGCAUGUUGGAUUCUCUGGGGGCUAAAAGACCUUAUUUGGAGGGUGCGCAUUCCAGUUUUCCAACUUGGAAUUUUCACAGCUGAUCAUCAUGCACCCAUGUCUUAUUUGGGACAUUUUUUUAAGCCGGCUAAUUUACCCCCCCCCCCUCAAACAAUAUAUUUUGCACAUAGAAAUUUGCCAGAUUGCUUUGCUUUGAGACCAUAUGGUAGCCCAGGAAUGAAAAGUAACCCUAUCAUGGCAUACCAUUUGAAAAAGUAGACAACUGUAUUCAAAAUGGGUUAUGUCCAGUCUUUUUUAGUAGCCACUUAGUCACAAACACUGGCCAAAAUUAGUGUUUAUAUUUGUGGGGUUUUUUUUUUUUUGCAUUUUUCACACACAAACUUCCAUUUCACCAAUUAUAUUAUCAGUAUAAUAGAUUUUACUGCUCUAAAACUUUUAUAUUUGUAUAGAGUAAUGUCUCACGAGUACAACAGUACCCCUCAAGUACAGGUUUUAUGGUGAUUUGGAAAGUUAUAGGGUCAAACAUAAGAUAUGCCAAUUUCUGUUUUUGUAAAUUGCUAUUUGCCAGAUUGGCUAUGUUGAAUUUGCGACGGUACGGCAGCCCAGAAGUGAAAAUUAACCCCACCAUGACACACCAUUUGAAAAAGUGGACAACCCAGGGUAUUCAAAAUGGGGUAUGUCCAGGCUUUUGUAGUAGUUACUUAGCCACAAACGCUUGCCAAAGUUUUUCAUAUUUGUUUUUUACAUUUUUUUUAUUUAUUUUUUUACACAAACUGCACUUUUAAUGGUAAUUUCGUCCUGAUAAGUUUUACUUUUUAAAAACUCAUAUUUGUGUUGAGCGAAGUCUCCCGAGUAUAACAAUACCCCCCAUGUAAAGAUUUUAUGGUGUUUUUAGAAUGUUACAGGGUUAAAUAUAGGGCUUGCCAAUUAAAUUCUACGGACUGUCUUCCUGAGUUGUCAGGCAGGUCCCUCAAAUUAUAAUUAAUAAAAUCUAAUAAUUAUGUAGUUAAUAGUUAAAAAAUAGUUAAAUAUAAUAAGUAUAUGUUAAACAAAAAGCUGCACACCAGUCAAGCCGUAAAACUUGCUUUUCCCACAAAAAUCACAAAUCUGCGGUGAUGUUACUACCGCAAAGGAUUCUGGGUCGGCAUAUGCAAGUUAGUUUAACAAAGAAUCACAUUUUUGCCUCCUUCCAUUUUAAACAUGGAUUCCUUUGAGUCUGUGUUUGCUGUAUACAACAGCUUUGAAACACAACUUAGGAAAAGAUGCACAGCCAGUAAACCACUCUUGGACAGCUGUUUCAGUUUGAAUGCAAAUAAUCAGCAUGAGAUUGGUUACUAGUUUGCCUAUUGAGGCUUGGUAGUGCUUGGGAAGCAAAAACCCUUGAGAGAGAGAUAUAUAUUUUAGUAUAUUAUAGGCACACUUUUAUUUUAUAAUUUAUAUUUAUAUAUCAUUUUUUUAAAUUUUUUUUGCAGCCUGGGGGACUGCCUUACCGUUCAGUCCAUGCUGGCAGCUCCAUAAUAUCAAAUUUAAUAUAUAUAUAUAUAUAUAUAUUUGUGUUAGGUGCUUAAGAUAGUACAGUGUGGAAUACCAUGAAUAAGCGUAGGAUGAUAAAAGGAGCAAGUCGGGAGUGGUGUGCCGAAACCGACGAUGAGGUAGGCCUGAGAAAGAAGAGGGCCCACCCAUGAAAAGAAAUAGAAAGGAAAAUAAAUGUUAAAAGUGGUGUGGUGGGAGGGUCAUUCAACGCUGACCUCGAACGGUAAGGAGCCAGGCAAGGGGAGUGCCUUAAGUAGGCUAGGGGUGGAAAACCAGCACCUCCCACAAAUGCAGGCAAAUUGCCUUAAUACUUGUGUUAGGUGCUUAAGAUAGUACAGUGUGAAAUACCAUGAAUAAGCGUAGGAUGAUAAAAGGAGCAAGUCGGUUGUGGUGUGCCGAAACCGACGAUGAGGUAGGCCUGAGAAAGAAGAGGGCAAAAUUAAGUAAUCCAAUUUAUUAACAGACAACCAAUACAUAUACAUUUAUCAACCAGACAUGUUUAUGAAAGCAUCUCUUAACUCUUGUACUGGGUUCGGUAUGUACCGUGAGUAAGCGGAUGACUUCCAGCGCCCCAGUGUUUUGAUAACAUGAGUUGGGACGUUGAAACUGGAGGCUGUGGACGCGGCUCCUAUACGAAAGGAGUGUCCUGAGUAAUUGUUUGCGUUGAGGCCCAGUUGUGUGAGCAAGGACCUGACGUAGGUCAUGAAGGUUGUAGUGGUGAGUACUGCACCUUGUAGUUGUAAUAACGGUUGCGAGGGCAGUAAGUGAUGGUGCUGUAUGUAGGCAUCAAGAACUUUUACGGGACACCAUCUGUUGUGCGUGGGGUAGUACGGAAUGUUUACAGGUAUGUGCUGGCUGGUUUUGGAGUGAGGUAAAGACAGGAUGUAAUGAUCCAUAUGUUUUGUCAAGUGGGAAUAGAGGAGGAAUGGAGUGGUUUGGGUCGUGGAGGUCGUAGUGAAUUCUCUGGGUCGUAGAAAUCCAUAGAAAGCGAUGUAUAUUGCUGUUUUGAUGAUAGAAUUCGUAUUAGUGUCAAAUGGUUUCAGGUCGAGUAGGUUAGAUAAAGCUUUGAAGAUAUGGUUAUCUAUGGGUAGCCUCUGGGCCAAAUGUGUGGGUUCUGAUUUUUGAAUACCUCUGAGUAUGGUCUUAAUUUGGUGAGAGGCCAUGAAACUGUUGUUAUUUGGGUGUAAGAUGAGCAUGUGGUGUUGAAUGCCAGUGAGAUAGAGUUUGAUGGUGUUAUAUGACAAUUUGAGUUUAAGGUGGCAAAAGGAAGCAAACCCCAAAAAAGAUGUCAUAACAAACGGUUGUAUGAUGUUAUGUUCCAGAAGGAAUCGUUUGAAUAGUGUGAAAGCCCUGUUGUAUGUUUUGUUUGUAUUGUGUGAAAGUGCCAACUGAGACAAUGUCCUGCUAUGCUGCAUGAUGACGUCUAGUCCAGUAUGAGUUGUUGAAAUGUUGGAGUGAUGGUGGCUGUGGGUGCUGCUGACGGGAGUGCUUGAUGAAACUCCUGAAAUUUAAAGCGAGACAAACUGUCAGCAGCUGUGUUGUAUACACCUGGCACAUGGAAACAACAUAGGAAGAAAUUAUGACAAGCUGCCAACCAAGUGAGUUUCCUCAGAAAUCUCAUAAUCGUAAGAGAUUUGGAACGACCUUUGUUGAUGAUGUGACAGGUCGCCUGGUUGUCUGAGUAACAACGCACUGGCGUAUUAGCCCAUAAAUGACCCCACGCUACGGCAGCCGCCACUAUGGGGUAGAUCUCAAAAAGAGCUGAGGUAGUGGAAAAACCUUCCAAAUCCAGAACUGCUGAAGGCCAGCUGCCCCAAAGCCAUUCGUUCCCAAAAAUUGCUGCAAAACCAGUGGUAGAUGCCGCAUCUGACCAAAUGGUAGGAGAUGAUUCAGUCAAUUGAGGGAGGAACAUACUUUUACCAUUCCAAGUGGUUAAAAACCUCUUCCACAUGUUUAGAUCUGCCGUAGCUUGGGCAUCUAAGGACAACCUGUGCGUGUCAUGUAGAAAAAGUGGGAAAAGAUGCAAUAGUCGUGAAAUAAAGGAGCGGCCUUGAGGUAUGAUGCGCAUUGCAAAAUUUAGUGACCCCAGCAGGGACUGUAGUUCUUUGCGGUUGCAAGUGCCGAGCUGUAGGUAGUUGUUUAUGUAAGUGAGAAUAUUGUCUAUCUUUUCGUAAGGUAGGCUUGCUUGCAUUGUGGCAGAGUCUAACUGGAUACCCAGAAAAGUGAUAACCGUGUCUGGCCCUUCUGUUUUCUUUGGGGAGAUGGGUACACCUAGUUGCUCAAACAGCUUAGUGGUAGCUUUGAGGCUAGUGGGAGGUGCAGUAUUCUCCUCGACCAGUAGGAAAUCGUCCAAGUAAUGUAAUACUGUAGGGCAUCCGGCUAUGUUCAAUAGUAACCAGCAUAGUGCUUCGGCAAAUGUGUCGAAAAUAGCUGGGCUACUUUUGGACCCAAAAGUUAACCGGGAGAAAAAAUAGUAGUUCUCGGACCACUUGAUGCCAUGCAGGUGCCACAGUGUGGGGUGGAUAGGGAGUAAUUUGAAGGCGUUAGUAAUGUCGGUCUUACUGAGCCAGGCUCCCACCCCUGCUUGUAUGAUGGCUGUAAUGGCGUGAUCUAUGGUGGUGUAUUGCAGAGAGAAUUCCUCAGAGGGUAUGAGGGAAUUAAGACUGGGGUUGGCCGAUGAGUGGGGAGCCGAUAAGUCAAUGAUGAGUCUCUGUUUUUGGGAAGAUUUCCCUGUGACAAUACCAAUAGGGUUGGUGCGCCAUUCUGUGAAUGGGGGAGUUCUAAAAGGCCCCAAUACAAAGCCCUCCUCCACUUCUUGGUUUAUGAGGGUGUCAACCACUGUGGGGUUGUGUUGGGCGGAUUGUAGGUUUGGGCAUUCCAGAGUGCCAGCUGGUAUGUGUAGGAUACCUGUGUGGAAGCCUUCUGUUAAACCAGAAAUAAGAAAAUCUACCAGGUGUCUAGAUGGGUGCUGAGACAUCAAUGCUGUGAAUACUGGCAUAUUAAUGGACGUAAGGUAAGGCUUAGAAUACAUUUUAUUUGGACACAUGGUCUUAGCAUGUGCCCUAAAACAUUUUGAACAGACAUGCAAUAGUCUACAUCCACUGUAAUUACAAGACCCAACAUUGAAAUUAUUACAUAUCUGGGACUUGCCCAGAAACUUGAUUGGGCGUCCCAAUUUGUCUUUGGAUAGUUUCCCUGGAUCCCCAGAGGAACUAGUUCCUUGUGUGGAGGCAUGUCCGUCUGCCGUGUUGGGACAAAAAUUAGUAGUAUGGGCUGUGGAGGAGCAGUAUGCACAAGCUGGUGUUCUUAGACCUGCAAAGUGUCUGCAGAAUAAGACGGUAUCAAUCCUUCCCCAGUUGGAUCGUGUACCGUACUGGGAGAAGGCUCCAGCCACUUUUGCAGAAAAAGACCUAUGGUAGUCAUAGAAUGCUGAACCACCAUAUUUGUUGCCCAGGUCUACCAGCUUGUGCAUAUAGAGAUCAAACUCCUCUCUUCUGUUGGGAUAAACCGCACAGACGACAUCCCUGUAAAUACCAAACGCUAGUACAAAUUCAGGGAUAGUCAGUUUCCUGUUCAGGCGGGCAUCCCUAGAUCUGACAAUAACAGAAACAUCAUCAUAAGCAUACGUCUUAUGUUCCACAAUGUCCUGGGAGGCAAUCAACAGGGAAGCCAGGUUGACGUCUUUACCUUCCAGGAUAUCCCUUUUGAUAUGCUCAGGUAUCAUGUGGGCCGGGCUAACUUCCUGGUCAUCCAGGGGGCUGGCUGGAGCGACUAAUGGCAAGGCUGGUGUUUGUACCGCAGCCGCGGGUGGCCCUGCUAGAGUGAGGGCCGUGGUGACCGACUCAAGUUUCUCCAGCCUGGAGUUGACCUUGCCCAUGGAUGCCAUGAGUGAGGAUAACAUGGCAUGUAUGUCCCCUGGGUUGGACUGGCUAGAUCCUUCCCCGGCUUCCAUGUUAUUGGUUGAUGUGCGUAGCAGUUUGAAAAGUUCUGCCUUCCUUGCUGUAGCGGGGUAGGGGAUUUGUCGUCUCCUUAAUUCCGUGGUUAUGCGCGGGAUUGUCCAGGAUCUAAUUGAUGCUGGACUAGCUAGCUCUCCUCCUUGUGUGGGAGUGACAGCUCUAGCCGGGGUGCUAGGCAGGGAGAAAUCCUCUACCCCUUCCUGAGACAUACUAUAAAUAAAACAAUAAUUAGUAUAUAGAACCACCAAAUUGUACUGGCAGGCUAGCUAGGCCGGAUGGCGAAAGUAUUAUGCUUGUUUGGUGACAGGUGAGGCCCUACUAAUUGCCAAGCGGCUUGAGAGGCUCUAUCUAUGCGUUGGCGCGAGGGGUUAUUGAGGCCACUUGACGUAGUGGCAGGAGUUUUAGGCCUCUCGGUGACUGUACGACAGAAAACAGGGGAAGGGAGUGACAGGUGAGGCCCUCUCUUUGCAACAUGCGAGGCGGCUAGCUAACGUGUGGCCCGAUGGGUGUUUGCCUCCGAAACGUUUGAGGCGGGGUGUUGGCCUCGCGGGACCACUAACUAAUGGCGACAGCCAAGAUGGAGUAAAUAUCUAUUGGGAAUCCUGUGACCCUAUUGCCAGUACUCUAAACUAUGGGGAUGAAAUGAAAUGUAUGGUAGAAUACCAUAUGAGCAGGUGUACGUACCUGGUAGUAUGAUAAAUCACAGGAAUAAACUGUGUGGAGCAAUUAUAUAAGCUCGACAGCCUAAAAAUGGGUAAAAGAGAGUAGUACGAUGAGUGUGGGGUGUAAAAAGAACCAGACUUAUAGUCUGUAGCAGCAAUGUAUAAAAUUAUGUUGAUACCAUGGGAAUAGCUAUGAGUGGCUCAGAAAUGUUUGCAUGUUUGAAUAAGACAUCUGAGGGAGGCCGUGGCCUAUGUACAAACAAUCUAUGUGUUACGUGAUAAUGGUGUGUAAAGGAAAACAUGAAACGUAGGUUAUAUACAUAUGUAUAUGACUGUGUAGGGGACGUAUGAUUGGUUGGAUCAGUACGUGUGAUUCAACCCGAGUAUGCAUGCAAAAGGAUGUGAGCCUUAUGUGUCAUCGUCAUGACAGAGAAAUGAGGCCUGUAAUGUAGGCUGAGUAAAUUGAAAUGAAAUGGAUAGUUAUAAAACUCCUGGCGUGGGAGUUCAAUGAUCUGUACCGAAAUGUAACUGGUUUUAUAGAAAGGGACAUGGAUGAGGUCAUGGCCUAAUUAACACAGCGUUAUGUAUGAUAUGUAGCAGAAAGACCAAAGGCAGGGAUACCCCAAAAUGAUUUAACAUGAUGUAAAGUGAUGUAUAUCUAUAUGAUAUGUAUGUAUAGCAAAGACGUAUCAGCCCGAGAAUUAUUGCUUAAAUGAACCUAUCCUUGUAUGUGUUGUAUUAAUAACCCAGAAAUGAGGCUUGUAACAUGGCUGAGUCCAUUCGUAUAAAUGGAUAAGUAAUGCAGACCCCUGAAAGCGUGGGAGUCAAAUGGUAUACACAGAGAAGUGGACUUGAUUUGUGGACGUAAUACAAUACUGACAAUUUGUUAAAAGUAAUCAACAAUAAUCUAUUUAAGCAAGCAAUACUUUAACCGAAUGUUAUAUACACAUGAAAUGGUGAAUAUAAUUCAUGAAAGGAUUAUACGUGAACACACAGAACAGCCGAAAGCAAAUGUGAGGGGAACACAGAAGUUAGAAUAGUUUAACCGUAUGAUUUAUGCGAACCAAAGCGUGUGUGAGCGUAUGUAAAAUUUGCCGAACGGCAAAACAACCGAAUGAACAUUCGUUUAAAUAACAUGAAUAGGAUAUGCGAAAUGACUAUUGAACGAUUUAAAACAUGUUCAGCCGAAUGACCGUACGAAAUGAAAAGCCCGCGAAUGGCUUGAAAACAUUCGUGUCAUAACCAGGGAAAAGCCGUAAAGCGAGGACCCGUGCUGUACCGUACGCCGUGGGAACCAGUCCUGGCGUGACAGGAAGGUCUGACUUACGGUUUAGGAGUCCCUGGGACGCGAUCUACGACGGAGAACGGAGUCAGAAGAAGCUGGACGGGCGGAAAGGCCUGAACAGGAUUCCUGGACACAGCUUAACGUGGUGAAACCUCCUGGAUACUGAAACCAAGAUGGCGUCUGAGAGAACCCGGAAGUGGAUCCUCAUUCAACGCUGACCUCGAACGGUAAGGAGCCAGGCAAGGGGAGUGCCUUAAGUAGGCUAGGGGUGGAAAACCAGCACCUCCCACAAAUGCAGGCAAAUUGCCUUAAUACAUAUAUAUAUAUUAUAUAUCUAUCUAAAUGUAUUUUAAUAUUAAAAUACACAAUCCAUUAAUCUGUGUAUGUGUAUACAAAAGUACUUGGCUUAUAUGUGUGUAUAUAUACAUACACACUUUUAUUAACUUUAUCAAACUUUUUAAUAACUUAUUGACUUUUUAAACUUUUUUGCAGGCAUGAGGCAUAGUCAGCACUGUAUUAAACUUCAUUAUCUCCAGGCACAGAAAAUAUAUAAUUAUUAUUAUUUUUUUUUUACUAAACCUCCAAAACACCUUUACAUACACAAAAUACCCACAAUCCCCUGAUAGCCCGAUCUGGGCUAUCAUAAUUUGACCGACAGCACGCAUGGUCCCAUGACCAAAACCGUUCCAGAGAAUAAGGGCUUGUGGUCAGUCUAGUUCAGUAGUUUUAAACCGAACAAACUACUGAACAUAGUCAAUGUUCUUACCCUGGAGCUUGUUCACCUUGUUCGUGGGAACAUUUCCACUGAACAGUGCUCUUCUAAGUUGUGUAGAACAGAACACAGGUUAUCCUGGAAGUCCAGCGGUGAACUCGACAACCAAACACUGCUGCCUGCGUUCGUGGGAACAAGAUGGCCGCCACCUAGUGGUCGUUUAUGCGAACAGCAGCCACCGAGGCGAAUACUUAGAACACUGUGGUGAAAAGUGGUGGUCUCUGGUUCAUGCGGCUGUUCGGAAACCAAAUAAUAUAAUACCAAUUGCACGAACAGCCUUUUUAAAGUAUUUUUACCCAGGUCUAUUUCAGGGGACCAUAGUCCUGAGGCAGGAGGCUGGUAAGCAAGCCUCUCCAAGGACCUGUGAUGAGGUUCAGUUCGUCACAUCGAUUUCUGAAAAUUUAUAACAAAGCCUAGGUUUUGAAGCAAUGCAGCCGUCAUGUCUGUGUGUAGUAAGUGAGGGUCUUGUUCCAUAAUCAGGAUGUCGUCCAGGUAAAUAAUGGAAGGAAUCCCUUGGGAUCGGAGUAGUGCCAUCACUGGUUUCAUCAAUUUGGUGAAACACCAUGGUGCGGACGAAAGACCGAAGGGAAGGCACAUUAACUGCCAAAUGUCUCCUCGCUAUAUGAAUUGAAGAAAAGCCCGGUGAUUACAGGCAACAGGGACUGUGAGAUAUGAGUCUUUGAGAUCUGGAGAACCAAUCUCCCACGAAGAAUGGAUACCUUCCAACUUGAAAUAGUGAUAUCUGACAAUGAUUUAUAAUUGGGCAGUGGUCUCCUGUGUUUUUUUUGAGGACAAGGAAACUGUUGCUGAUGAAGAUACAGGGAUAGAGUGAGCGUUCGAUCGCUUCUUUCUACAUGAGUUUGGCUAGCUCUGCGUGCAACGCUAGCUCGUCUGUCAUAGACAUCAAUAUAGGUGUUGGAGGUGUAUCCUGUAAAGGGAGUGUGGUUAAAAUCUAUUUUUAAACCCUUGACUGUGUGGGGAAUCCAUUGAUCCUGUGAAAGUAGUUCCCACUGUUGAACAAAAUGGGUUAGUCAGCCCGCAAUAGGUACAUUGCAAAAGGGGAAGUUUAAUACCUAGAGCAGUACGUCCAUGUAGGGAGGCAGAUCCACGUCCCCUGAUAGAUCCUCUGUUAGUAAACAGUUGGCGGUGAUGAGGUUGGGUGGUUCCCGAAUUCAAAUAGUCUGUGGGACGAGGCCUGUAGCCUGUGAAGGCAGCUCUGCUGAUAGCUCGGCCAUUGUAGCGACCAGCUCUCCCAGAAAAAUGGCGUGUUUGAGAGCGAAACACUGGGAAGACUGGGCUUUGUUUAGAUUAGUAAAUACUGAGACGUGUUUCAUGAGGUCCCUCAUAAAACUGUCUCCAAAUAAUAGGCCGUUGGCUUCAGGUCCCCGUUAUCUGGAACUCAGAUCGGCUAAUUUAGCAUCUAUUUUGUAAAGGUUAAUAGGCAUAGAGGUCUUUGAGCCCAUUCCCACACAGAAUGCAGAUCAAAUUCCCCACUAGUAAUCGCCUCAUUGGCUAGGAUAAAAAGCUGAAUGAUAGGACCUGCAAUGUCCAAGAGUUUGUCCUGGAUUGCCUUGAGACCCUGUUCGAUACCUUUUCGAUACCUUUACGUGGGUUCUUGCCAGAUUUUGUGAAGAACGUAACUAACAUAGGAUCAAAUUCAAAUGUUGUUGCCACCUUUUUUGGAAUAGUUGGUCGAGUGCAUUCAGCUCUGAGCUUAGCCCUAAUCUUCUUCUUUUCUAAAGGCUUGCGCAGCCACAUCUUGCAAAAAUUAACAAUGUGGUCUGGUGGGGUCCACUCAGCCGAGCGUGGGUGUGUUAUAACCCUAGGGUCAAAAGUAUUCCAGAAGCAUCCAGUAGGAUUUCUGAAGACUGGUUUUUUUUUUAGGGUUGCCAAAAGCUGGGUCUGAAGUAGAUUUUUUUUUUUUUUUUAGUAGAUUAAUGUUUCCUUAACAAAUUCAGAUGCUGAGGAGUCUCUGAGCACAUUCGCCGGGAGAUCCUAGUCAGAAUAGUAGAAACUGUAAUCAUCCAUCAUGUGACCCAUAAUAUUGGAUGUAGAGCCCUCUAGAUAGUCCAAAUUUUCAUGGGUAGGGUGGAGUACACCUUUAAUAUUAAAUAUUUAUAAUAAAGUGGGUUGUCAGCCACAAUAAUUAUUGGUGGGGGUACACUUUAAAGCAGUAAAUAGAUAAGUGGGGGUCACCCACAAAAGCCCUUCAGUUUAUUUCUCUGAGAAGAUGCUGAUGCCGAUUGGCCAUUGCUGUGUUUGACUUGUGCUGGCUCUGACACUGAUCUGCCUCCUUGACAGUCUCAGCCAAUCCCAUGGGGAAGCAUUGUGAUUGGCUCAGACCACCACUUCUGAUGUCGGCAGACAGGCAGUUUCAGGGGCAGAGGCAGCAGCUUCAGACUUGAAUACAAGUAAGAGUUUACUAAAUAUAGGGAGGCCAUGGUGGGGCCCAGGGGCACUAGUUGAUGAUUUUAACACUGUAGAGUCAGGAAUACAUGUUUGUGUUCCUGACCCUAUAGUGUUCCUUUAACUUCCAAACAAGUCAUGCUGUACUAAACAGUGGAAAAACAUUUUUUAUUUUUUUUUGGCAAGCUUUUCACACAGGGCUCAUAGUAGCUAUGAGUUUUAACAAUGAUUCUCUGUGGUUUUAACAAUGAUUCUCUGUGGUUAAACCUAAACCUUAGACUUGGAUUGUCUGAAGUACAAUAGUUUGGAGUUAGAGCACAGUUAGACAUUUAGCUUUGACAGUUUCAUUCAUGCUUUCUGGUGAUGGAACUGCUGUAGAAACCUGAACUAUACACAUCAUAUAAUGCUGGGAUGCCUAGGAUUAGCUAACAAGUUUCUGGACAUUCAUGUAUUUGCAAAACUUGCAGCCAGAGGUUGAAAAUCCAAGGGAUUUGCAAAAACAUACACAUUCCAAGGCUGAUGGACUUUGCAUUCAAUUGAAGUAAAAUAAAUAUAAUUAUAUAAUGCAAGUCACAUUGAAUCUGAAAUGUCCCAUACAUACUUAAUUUGUUUUCCUUUAUUUUUUUCCAAUAGAUGUAAAAAACUAUCCUUAUUGAAAGAUGUGAAAAAGCAUUUAAAUGUUUGUUUUUUACAGUAACCUCAAACUAAUUUGUACAAUAUAAAACCCUGGUUUUAACUUUUUGCUAGGAUGUAAAAUAAAUAUUAAAACUGUAUUGAACCUUUUAUAGAUUCGAGGUUUUCAUGAGCAUUUUACAAAAUCUACAGCUAGCCUUGGCCUAUUAUGCAUAGGUGUGUAACCAUUUUUUUGUUUUUAUUCAUUACACAGGAAUUGCACCAAUGAUGGCAAAAUCAAUGCGCGCUUUCAGAAACAGAGUUGGACCAAGAUAAAUAU